CAGCAUUUAUGGAAGGGGUGGAGAAGUUGCAGCCCUCUGGCGUUCUUGGGCUGCAGCUCAUAUUAUGCCUGACCAUUACCAUACAUUUCAACAAGCGUGUAUGGUAUUCUUUAUCAUAGCACAGGAUUCUUAAAAGAGUAGUUCUUCAACAUUUACCGUAUUUCUCCGAGUAUAAGACUAGGUUAUUUUAUCAAAAUGUUUUGCUAAAAACUUGGGGUCGUCUUAUACACAGAUAGUGGAGAGGUGGGGCUUAUGAUUGGUGGCUGCUGUGAGCAGGAUAUUGUCCAUGACGUUUUGGCGGGUGAUUGGUGGGUGCUGCAAGGUCCACUGCCUAUUGGGUGCUGUGGCAAUUGGGCGAGUGAUUGGUGGUUGCUUUCAGCGAGCUUGCAGGCGAUUGGUGGCUUCGCUGAUGUGCGUGCGAUUGGCUGCUGCGUUCCUGCAGGUGAGUGAUUUUUGGCCACAAAAACGCUUAACAAUUGGGCAGUCUCCCCCCAUUUUCUGUAUUUGGAGUCCCCAAAAAGAGGGGGCAUUGUAUACAUGGGGGUGUCUUAUACACGGAAAAGUACAGCAAUAGCAUGUAUUCAGAAGUAAGGCUCGCUUAUUCCCAUUGGGAAUUUUAAUUCUGCGUCAAUCUGCUUAGAAUUUGCAAACUAGAACCUGUUUCAGUGGGAGAUUUUUGGAUUCAGCUCCAAUGGGGUCAUUCUUGAGUUUUAUUGCAAGUUUUACUUAUGGUGUAUUGACAGUCCAUCAUCAUAACAGUUUCUGUUUAUUUAAGUUAAGGGAUGGAGGCAAUACACUUCAUAAAAACAUGCCAGUGACUGCAGGCAAUUUAAAAUGGUCUCAGGAGUUACGAGAGAGACUGCUGAAGCACAGAACACAUUUUAGGCGCAUCAAUCAUCUGUAAGUAUUGCUAUAAAAAUUGUACAAUAGGGCUUAAACCACUUCCCAAAGCACCUUCCACUGUGUACUUAGAAAUGACAUUGAGGAGGAGGAAAUCCUUUUUCUCUCUCUAGGAUUCUGCAGACAGAGGAAACCAAUUUUGUCUUCCAAAAAUGUGAGGAAAUGUUGGAAUUAUUGGAUAAACACGAUGAGGAAAUUCAUACCACAUGGGCACAAGAUUUAAGCCACCUUUGUGAAGCACAUCUUGGUCAACCAAUUCUCAGAUACAACGACUGUGGAUUGUUUGAAGUAAACUUUAAUGAAAAGGUAAAGUAGACAACUUGUUCUUUACUGUUGUUUAGUCAUUUAGUCGUGUCCAGCUCUUCGUGAACCCAUGGACCAGAGCACGCCAGGCACUCCUGUCUUCCACUGCCUCCCGCAGUUUGGUCAAACUCAUGUUAGUAGCUUUGAGAACACUGUCCAACCAUCUCGUCCUCUGUCGUCCCCUUCUCCUUGUGCCCUCCAUCUUUCCCAACAUCAGGGUCUUUUCCAGGGAGUCUUCUCUUCUCAUGAGGUGGCCAAAGUAUUGGAGCCUCAGCUUCACGAUCUGUCCUUCCAGUGAGCACUCAGGGCUGAUUUCCUUCAGAAUGGAGAGGUUUGAUCUUCUUGCAGUCCACGGGACUCUCAAGAGUCUCCUCCAGCACCAUAAUUCAGAAGCAUCAAUUCUUUGGCAAUCAGCCUUCUUUAUGGUCCAGCUCUCACUUCCAUACAUCACUACUGGGAAAACCAUAGCUUUAACUAUACGGACCUUUGUCGAUUAAACCAGUGGUGGGGAACCUUUCUGAGGUGGAGGGUCGCAAUUCCAUUUUGAGGAGCUGCAUGCAUGUUGUGGGCAGGGCCAGAGGCAAAAGUGGGUGGAGCAACAGAUUUUACCUUUGUACAGCAGGAUGCAUCCAAACCACGCAAAAGCCAGAUGUUUCUACCCAUGUACCCCUCUCCAUCCUAUACCCCAGAAAGCAAAAUACAUCGUCGCAGUUCAAUAACACAUCCCGACCAUCAAAAGCACUUAAAGAAGCGCAAAUCCAGGGCUAAUGAGGGGCAUUACAAAGGCCAGAUGGAGAGGCGUGGAAGACUGCAUUUGGCAUCAACUCACACCAGGGUGUUGGGACACGGGUGGCGCUGUGGGUUAAACCACAGAGCCUAGGACUUGCCAUUCAGAAGGUUGGCGGUUCGAAUCCCCGCAACGGGGUGAGCUCCCGUUGCUCGGUCCUUGCUCCUGCCAACCUAGCAGUUCGAAAGCACGUCAAAGUACAAGUAGAUAAAUAGGUACUGCUCCAGCGGGAAGGUAAACGGCGAUUCCGUGCGCUGCUCUGGUUCGCCAGCAGCGGCUUAUUCAUGCUGGCCACAUGACCCAGAAGCUGUAUGCCGGCUCCCUCGGCCAAUACAGCGAGAUGUAACCCCAGAGUCAGUCACGACUGGACCUAAUGGUCAGGGGUGCCUUUACCUUUACCACACUAGGGUGAAUCAUUUUUCAGUCAUUAUGAACUUUCAUUAUGGGCUUCAGGGGACAGGCAGGAAGACUGGGGACAUCAGGGAAUGAUGAUCAGGGGUUUUUUUCAGCCAGAACUCAGUUCCGGCAUCUCUCAGGUGGGCACCAAUUCACAGUGAAUUCAUAGAAUCAUAGAAUCAUAGAAUCAUAGAAUCAUAGAGUUGGAAGAGACCACAAGGGCCAUCGAGUCCAACCCCCUGCCAAGCAGGAAACACCAUCAGAGCACUCCUGACAUAUGGUUGUCAAGCCUCUGCUUAAAGACCUCCAAAGAAGGAGACUCCACCACACUCCUUGGCAGCAAAUUCCACUGUCGAACAGCUCUUACUGUCAGGAAGUUCUUCCUAAUGUUUAGGUGGAAUCUUCUUUCUUGUAGUUUGGAUCCAUUGCUCCGUGUCCGCUUCUCUGGAGCAGCAGAAAACAACCUUUCUCCCUCCUCUAUGUGACAUCCUUUUAUAUAUUUGAACAUGGCUAUCAUAUCACCCCUUAACCUCCUCUUCUCCAGGCUAAACAUGCCCAGCUCCCUUAGCCGUUCCUCAUAAGGCAUCGUUUCCAGGCCUUUGACCAUUUUGGUUGCCCUUCUCUGGACACGUUCCAGUUUGUCAGUGUCCUUCUUGAACCGUGGUGCCCAGAACUGGACACAGUACUCCAGGUGAGGUCUGACCAGAGCAGAAUACAGUGGCACUAUUACUUCCCUUGAUCUAGAUGCUAUACUCCUAUUGAUGCAGCCCAGAAUUGCAUUGGCUUUUUAGCUGCCGCGUCACACUGUUGGCUCAUGUCAAGUUUGUGGUCAACCAAGACUCCUAGAUCCUUUUCACAUGUACUGCUCUCAAGCCAGGUGUCACCCAUCUUGUAUUUGUGCCUCUCAUUUUUUUGCCCAAGUGCAAUACUUUACAUUUCUCCCUGUUAAAAUUCAUCUUGUUUGUUUUGGCCCAGUUCUCUAAUCUGUCAAGGUCGUUUUGAAGUGUGAUCCUGUCCUCUGGGGUGUUAGCCACCCCUCCCAAUUUGGUGUCAUCUGCAAAUUUGAUCAGGAUGCCCUUGAGUCCAUCAUCCAAGUCGUUGAUAAAGAUGUUGAAUAAGACCGGGCCCAAGACAGAACCCUGUGGCACCCCACUAGUCACUCUUCUCCAGGAUGAAGAGGAACCAUUGAUGAGCACCCUUUGGGUUCGGUCAGUCAGCCAGUUACAAAUCCACUGAGUGGUAGCAUAGUCAAGACCACAUUUUACCAGCUUCUUUACAAGAAUAUCAUGAGGCACCUUGUCAAAUGCCUUGCUGAAAUCAAGGUAGGCUACAUCCACUGCGUUCCCUUCAUCUACCAGGCUUGUAAUUCUGUCAAAAAAACGAGAUCAGGUUAGUCUGACAUGACUUAUUUUUCAGAAAUCCAUGCUGACUAUUGGUGAUCACCGCAUUCCUUUCUAGGUGCUCACAGACUGUUUGCUUAAUGAUCUGCUCCAGAAUCUUCCCUGGUAUUGAUGUCAGACUGACUGGGCGGUAAUUAUUUGGGUCCUCUCUUUUCCCCUUUUUGAAAAUGGGGACAACAUUUGCCCUCCUCCAGUCUGCCGGGACUUCGCCUGUUCUCCAGGAAUUCUCAAAGAUGACUGCCAGUGGUUCUGAGAUCACAUCUGCCAGUUCUUUUAAUACUCUUGGAUGCAGUUCAUCUGGCCCUGGAGACUUGAAUACAUCUAAACUAGCCAAGUAUUCUUGUACUAUCUCCUUAGUUAUUCUGGGCUGUGUUUCCUUUGCUGAAUCAUUUGCUCCAAAUUCUUCAGGUCGGGCAUUGUUUUCUUUAUCGGAGAAGACUGAGGCAAAGAAGGCAUUGAGGAGUUCAGCUCUUUCUGUGUCCCCUGUUUGCAUUUCACCAUCUUCUCCUCUGAGUGACCCCACUGUUUCUUUGUUCUUCCUUUUGCUACGGACAUACCCAUAAAAGCCUUUUUUGUUGCUUUUAACCUCUCUAGCAAGCCUGAGUUCAUUCUGUGCUUUACCUUUUCUGACUCUGUGUCUACACGUGCUGGCUAUUUGUUUGAAUUCCUCUUUGGUGGUUUCCCCCCUUUUCCAUUUUUUGUACACAUCCUUUUUUAAUCUUAACUCAGUUAAAAGUUCUUUAGAUAGCCACCCUGGCUUCUUUAGGCACCUUCCAUGUUUCUGUCUCAUUGGUAUUGCCUGACGUUGUGCUUUUAGUAUCUCCCUCUUAACAAACUCCCAGCCAUCAUGAACUCCCUUUCCUUUUAGUAUUACUGUCCAUGGGAUCUCACCCAGCACUUCCCUAAGUUUUAUGAAGUCAGCUUUCUUAAAGUCAAGAAAUUGAGUCCUAGUAUGCUUGGCUGCUCCUUUCCGCUGUAUAGUAAACUUCAGAAGAGCAUGAUCACUCGCGCCUAAUGAUCCUUCCACUUCUACCCCACUAACCAGGUCAUCAACAUUGGUUAGGACCAGAUCUAAAAUGGCUGUUCCUCUUGUUGCUUCUCCCACUUUCUGGACAAUGAAGUUGUCUGCAAGGCCAGUGAGGAAUCUGUUUGACCUUAUGCUCUUGGCUGAGUUUGACAUCCAACAAAUAUCCGGGUAAUUGAAGUCCCCCAUUACUACUAUCUCCCUUCCUUUUGCAUGCUUGGCCAUCUGUUUCAGGAAGGCAUCAUCUAUGUCCUCCGUUUGGCUUGGGGAUCUAUAGUAAACUCCCACAAUGAGGUCACUGUUAUUCUUCUCUCCCUUAAUUUUGACCCAAAUGCUCUCACUUUGGCUUUGAGGUUCUAAAUCUUGGAUCUCUUCACAGGUAUACACAUCCCUGACAUAUAACGCCACUCCUCCUCCUUUCUUGUCUGGUCUGUUUCUCUGAAAUAGAUUGUAUCCCCCUAUUACAUUCCAAUCGUGGGACUUAUCCCACCAGGUUUCAGUGAUGCCUAUUAUGUCAUAUUUAGUUUGCUGUACCAAGAGCUCAAGCUCAUCUUGUUUAUUUCCCAUGCUUUGAGCAUUAGUGUACAGACAUUGAAGUCAAUUAAUCAUUCCCCGUGUCUCUUAUUUAAGGAUUUUUCCUCCCACCACUAGGUCUGUGUGCUGUUUGCUCCAUUUGGUCUAUGACAUUUGGAUGAUCAUCUUCAUCAAUUGAUAGACUCCUACCUUCAGGAGCACUGUCUCCCUCCCCACAUUAGUCAGUUUAAAGCCCUCCUGAUGAGGUUUCUGAGAUUUUUGGCAAAAACAUUUCUCCCAACCGUUGUGAGGUGCAGCCCAUCGCUUACCAGAAGUCCAUCUUCAAGAAACUGCAGUCCGUGAUCUAAGAAUCCAAACCGUUCCUGUUUACACCAUUUGCGAAGCCAGCUGUUCACUUCCACUAUUUUCCCCUCUCUCCCUGGGCCACGUCGUUCAACUGGGAGGACAGAUGAGAUCACAAUUUGUGCAUUUAAUUGCUUCAAUUUCCUGCCCAGAGCCUCGUAGUCUCUUUUGAUCUUCUGGAGGCUAUUGCUUGCAGUGUCAUUGGUUCCCACAUGAACCAAGAGGAAGGGGUAUUUGUCAGUGGGUUUUAUGAUUCCUUGCAGUCGUUCAGUUACAUCUUGGAUCUUAGCCCCGGGAGACAGCACACUUCCCGAGACAUCUUGUCAGGCCCACAGAUCACUGCUUCUGUUCCCUCAGUAGGGAAUCCCCUAUCACCACUACACGCCUCCUCUUAGGUUUGGUCGGGGUUCUUCCGUGAGCUGUCCGCUCCAAGGUCGCCUGCACAUUCCCUGAGGACUGACUUUGCUGCUCGUCUUCAUAUACCUGAUCGACUGUAAUGACGGAGAGAUCCUCAAAUGGAGUCUGCUCUUCGUCUUCCAUGCUAGGGGAGAGGACCUCAAAGCGAUUGUGUAUUUCUAAACAAUCAGAGCGAACCCUGGGCCUCCUACUUCUUUGAGUCACGUUUCUCCAUAUAUCUGGCUCCUGUGUUGGUGAACUAGCAUCCUUCUCAGGGAGUCCCCUGUCUCCUCCUUGGUGGAGACGGUGUGCUCUGUUGCUUCCAAGAAGAGCUCCAGCUCUCUAAUUCUUUGGAGCGUAGCUACACGUUCCUCCAGUUGCUGGACUUUGUCUUUUAAGAGGGCAAUCAACAUGCAAUUGCUGCAGGUAAAGCUGCCUGCAACCUUUGGCAAGAUGGCAAACAUUGUGCAGGAACCGCAGGCAACUGCAGCUGUUCCCUCCCCCUCCAUCUUGAGAACGUGUCGUUGGGGGUGGCUACAGCGGUCCUCCAUCAUAAAAAGUGUGAAGACAGGAAAAAUAACUCCCCCCACAAAAAAACCUAGGUCUCCCCCAACAAACGUUUGAGACUAGCUCCCCUAAAUCUAAAAGAUGGAUCAAACUGAUAAGCUCCUCCCACAGCUAAUCACCUGCCUCAACAGAAACCCUGCCCCCUCUGACCUUUGCACAGGGAGAGCAGCCAAUCAGCCACAAAGAAACACACACACACACACAAGAAAACCCUUUUUGCUCCUUCUUCAACUGCUGCCCUGCAAAUUCUGGCACCUCUUUUUCUAGAAAAAUAGCAUUGAUGAUUAUAACAACCUUCAGUCUGGUGAGGAGCCUCAGAAUUAUUUGCACUCAUGAUUCGGAGCCCUUUCCUGGGCCCAUAGGAAAUAUUGGUGCAUGUUUGUUGGCCAUUACUCCCCUACUUCCUGCUGCUUAUAUUCUCCAGCAAGGGUUACGAGGUUCCUGCAACCAUCAGCAAUGCCUGGAGUCUUGCCUUUACACAAGUUAGACUUAAAAAAACCCACCAAAAACCAAAAAGAAAAGAACAACAAUCCAACAUCGCUAGUAAUACAGUUAUGCUUAUACAGUGGUACCUCGGGUUAAGAACUUAAUUCGUUCUCGAGGUCUGUUCUUAACCUGAAACUGUUCUUAACCUGAAGCACCACUUUAGCUAAUGGGGCCUCCUGCUGCUGCUGCGCCGCCGCUGCACGAUUUCUGAUCUCAUCCUGAAGCAAAGUUCUUAACCCGAGGUAAUAUUUCUGGGUUAGUGGAGUAUGUAACCUGAAGUGUAUGUAACCUGAAGUGUCUGUAACCUGAGGUACCACUGUAGAGCACCUGGAGGAUCUGUCUGGCAUCUGAACUAAAAUGUCCAAUGGUACACCUGGAAGGAAGUUGCACGAGUGUCCUUGAAGCGAGGUAGUUUUGAAGAAGCUUCUUGCAACAUGACAAAACCAUUUACAUCUUCUCCUGCAGCUCUCUGCCGUCCUCAGGGAAGUGAAAUACCUUGAGGUUUUAAAACACCCUGAUAUACCUGAGGUUGCCAUGCAAUUGUAUUCCAAGAGAGAAACCCUUUACAAGGUAAAUAGAAGCGAUUCCGUAUGAAAGAUGUGUGCGAAUAUAAAGAAAUGGAAGAAAAUUGACAUAACUGCAGUAAUCUGUUUGAGUCUUCAACUAUCUAAACCAAAAGCAAAGAGUGCACAACUAUUUUUUCCUAAUUAUUUUGUCAGCUGGAUGGUUGUUAUAUUGUAGUUUGUAGUUAAUCUUGUAUUUCAGUCUUACUGCACGCAUAUGUGUUCCUUUGAAUACAAAGGGCCCUCUUCUCUUCUCUGUUGAAUUAGUUGGCGGUCCUAUUGACAGCAAAAUAGCAUGUUCAAAUUACAAAGGGGGCGGGAGGACCGAACACUUCAACUACAUUUAGGGUCUCCACACUUUCCUUUUCUCUAAAGGUACUGGAGAAAAGAAUGUGGGGGUGGGGGGAGGCCCCUUUAUUCCCCCCUCAUUCCUCCUAUAAAAGCACUGGUAGGAAAAUGGGCAUCUCAGACCAAGAAUUCACAGAAGUCGGGAGAGCUUGCAGAUGUCUUAAUGGACUGUGGGAUUCUUUGUGAAGCCAAUGCCCAUCACAAACUCAAAUUUUAUCCAGUAGGGUUGUGUUCUGAAUAGCAGCUUCCUCCAGUGCUGAGAAUGCAAUCUGGCGCUGAACUGGAAGUAAAGACACCAAUGAGAACUUGCUCCUUGUGCUUGUGUGGACAAAAAGGACCAAAACCAUGUACAGGAUUGGCUCAGUGAUGCAUGUAGAACAGUGUUUUCCAAACUUGGGUCUCCAGCUGUUUUUGGACUACAGCUCCCAUCCCUAGCUAGCAAGACCAAUUGUCAGGGAUGAUGGGAAUUGUAGUCCAAAAACAGCUGGAGACCCAAGUUUGGGAAACACUGAUGUAGAACAUGAGAGAGGUAAAGGUCCACAUCCCAGCAGGAGGAGGAAACGGAGGUGCAACCAAUCCUCGGAACACCUAUCACUGCUGUGGCAUCUUCUCCUCUUCUGCACAGUCGCAACCUGCUUACUUGUCCUCUCUAAGCAAGUGAGCACUGGCCUGAAGGAGGCCAAGCAGUAUCUUCCACUUGCUUUGAGCCCAUUCCCAGGGCACCUGUGUGGAUUGGGCCUAAGGAGACAGGGCAAUAGAAUGGGCAACAGUGACAGCAGCAAGGAUGAAGAGGAGAGCCCACUCAAGGAGGGAGAACUUGCUGAGGGGCCUACCAGAACAUGGAGUAGGGACUGACAGCUUUAGGUGGGGGAUUGGUGUGAAAAUUCUUGGCAUCCCCUGUAGAGCUCAGAUGACUGGGCUCAGUACAUCCCAAUGUGGUUACACUAAAUUGGUACAUUUCUCUUCCUGCCUCCUGCUUCUAGAAGAGCCUGGGACAUGGUGUUGUAAUGAUGGGCUAGCUAUUUGAUUGGCCACUUGAAAUGGGUGUAGGUUGACCUGUUUCUAAGCACCAUGUACUCACACAACAAUGGAAAUAAACAGUCCAAUUGAGAGAUCGUAUCUUCUUUGCUACCCAGUACUUACAAAAAUAAAUAAAUACAUCAAGGUCACAUGAAAUCAGGGGAAGGGUUAAAAUAAUGGUGGCCUUUUCGGGAGGGCUGUCUGAGACGGCGCAGUCAGUAGAGCAUGAGACUCUUAAUCUCAAGGUCAUGAGCUCAAGCCCCAAGUUGGGCAAAAGAUGUCUGCAUUGCAGAAGAUUGGACUAGAUCAGGCUUCCUCAACCUUGGCCCUCCAGAUGUUUUUGGCCUACAACUCCUAUGAUCCCUAGCUAGCAGGACCAGUGGUCAGGGAUGAUGGGAAUUGUAGUCUCCAAAUAUCUGGAGGUCUGAGGUUGAGGAAGCCUGGACUAGAUGACUCUCGUGGUCCCUUCCAACUCUACGGUCAUAAUGAUUCUAUAAUCUAUAACUCCAUGCUUGGGGCCAAACUAAGUUUAAACAUGCAAGUCAGCAUGGAGACCAUACCUCUCUCUCUCUCUCUCUCUCUCUCUCUCUCUCUCUGUGUGUGUGUGUGUUUAAAAAAUCAUAUUAAAGAUUUCCCUCUUAGAAAGCAUUUGUCCAAUGUUUGGGUUUUGUUUUGUUUUUUGCUUUCUUCAAUGCUUUCCCCCGGUGAAAUCCAUUCUUUACCAAUAAAUUGCAGCAAACAUCCAUCGACAGAAAAACCUGAUUAACUUUUUCUCCAAUUCAGCUGUUAAUCAUGGGAUUCCCCGGGGGAAAGUAGCUGGACAAGUGUGGAUAAGCCCCUUGUCUCACACAGCUCUGUUCCUUCCAUUGGAAGGAAUGGAUCAGUCUUCACAUGCAAGGGAUCUGAGUAUACUUCUGAUGGUAGAGAGAUCUCUAGAUUAUGAUGAAUGAUUCACUCUACGUCUCCAUUAAAUCACCACUGAAUAAUAGACACUAUUACUAUUAUUAUUAUUUCCCCCUCAGUACAUUGGAAAUUUAAAUUUAAUCACCAGGCAAUAUAACCAGUUGCAGAGGACAAUUCUGCCUGAGGAAGCAGAGCUCAUAGCACACGAGAUUGGGAGAAUCGACCAACAGUUAAAGCCUGCUUUCGACACACUGACCUGGCAAAAUGAGAGACUGUGGGACUAUAUCGAAGAAACCAGGGAACUCGUUGAAAACGUAGGCAGCAGGCUCCAGAAAGCCAAGGAGAAUGUGGGGUUGAUCCAGAACCUGCUGCAUAGACUGAGUGAAACUUCGUUCCUUGUGCGGAAAACUGGUGUCACUUGUCCACUGCUGUGCCUUGAUAACAAUGAAAGAAUGUGCCAGCUAUAUGGAUCAGUGCAAGAGAUGAGCACCAGGAUCCACCAAUUGGUUCAGGUAAUAUGUAAUUUAUUUCCCCCCCCCCCACCCUCCAGAAAAUUCCCAGAAAAUUUUAUUUAUAUUGUGGAAAACAAUUAGACCACCUUGUUUUUAACUUUGAUUGAUAAUUUUAAUGUCUAUUUUAUUUAAACUGCUUAGAGGUGUUUUUAUGAUUAAGUGAUAUACAAAUUCUGUUAAACAUAAAUAAAUGAACUCUCUGGAGGGCCACAGGUUUCCCAUUCCUGCCCUAGACUGAAGUAUGCAGAUCAGAAAGUUGGUUUACUUAGCAUGGUGUGAGGGGUGUUAAAAUCCUGCCAGGAAGUUCGUUGUGUGUCUUUGGAGAAGUCACAGUUUCUCAGCCUAGCCUAGCUUGCAGGGCUGCUUAAAUGAGUUUAAAUGAAGGUAUUACAACAGUCUGAGUGGACAUAUAGUUGUAAACAUCUCUGUGAUCCUCAUAUAAAUGGUGGUAUAGAAUUUUAAUUAAUAAAUAAAUUAUAUAUAAAAUAAAAUAAGUAUAUCGGAUUCCCAUUCCUUUCCCCUCUUUCUCAUCUGGUUUACCCUCCUGUGAUCACAUAUUAGGGCUUUCAUGUUAGCAGCGAUGGCCAAACUUGGCCCUCCAGCUGUUUUGGAACUACAAUUCCCAUCAUCCCUGACCACUGGUCCUGUUAGCUAGGGAUGAUGGGAGUUGUUGUCCCAAAACAGCUGGAGGGCCAGGUUUGGUCAUCACUGAUGUUAGGAUGAGAUGUGCUCACCAAAUCACAGAGACAGAGGCGCUGCUAGAAACAAGGAAAAUGAGAGAUGUACAGCUUGCAUAGCCUCUGUAGCUCUCAGACUUCCUGCGUUGGUGUUGUCCUUUAUUUUAGAGCAUUGUUCAAUGGACACUUGAGUGAUCAGGCGGGCAAUUAUGUUGUAAAUAGCGGGGACCUUUUCCUCCUUGAAAGAAAGAAGAAAAGGAAACGGCAAAAAGAGUUGUCUUUCACUUUUGAAGAAGUAAAUUAAUUGGAAUAGGGGAAAUUCUGUGUUGGGGAGUUCAAUUUUAAAUUCUGCUGCUCAUUUUCGGGCAAAUUGCUUUCUCCAGGAGAAUCAGAACUUGCUUCAGGCAGAUCCUCUUUCUGAUGAAUGGAAAGCCUACAUUGAAUACAUAGACCACAUGAUUUCAGAUGGACUGUUUCAAGCUAUCAAGUGUUCUCUUCAGUAUCUGGUUGAAAACACCGAGACAACCUCAAAACCUGCUCCCUUAUUUGAAGCGCAGCUCAUCCUUAACGACAACGAAAUGACUUUUAAGCCUUCUUUGGAGCACACUGUCGACGGCAAUUUUUCUGACAUCGUGGAGGGCCUAAUCCAGAACAUUUACCUGAUUGCAUCAAAUAUAAACAGAGUUGCCAAACAUCUUGGACAUCACACUUAUCAGGUAUAAUCACCAAUGUAUCUACUAUCUUUUUCUUUAACCACUGAAUAUUUUAAACAGCCAUUUCAACUAAGGUUAUAUUGUCCAUCCAAUUGACUGAAUGAUAGUCUUUGGCUUUGUUCUACCUUUGAUGUUCUACCUAUGAUGCUAUGGUUUGGCCAAUAUGACACCGCUGGCAUCCAUUACAAAUAAAACAAAAUGGUAAACUCUGUUUUGGGAGACACCCAGCAAAGUGGGUUGUACUAAUGGUAAUGUGUGUUUGAAUCAAACAUGAUGUGACUAUAAGCAAGAUUUUGAAAAAAAUGUGCUUGCAGCCAACCUCAUCUCUUUGCUCACAAAAAGCAGCUGGGACCACAUCUCAGGGCAAUGGGUUUUAACCCUUUUCUACCACCCUUUUCUCGCUGAAAAUUGCUCCUCCCCUUGAAGUAGCUUCAGGUGGGGGAAAAGUUAAAGUCCCCCUGCUAUAUGGUUCCAGUCUGAAUUGGGGAUCCCCCACAACUUCUUUUUGUAAACAAAGAGGCAUGGACAUGCACAAAUAUGCGAUUCAAAACCAUGCCUAAAAUUGUCUAGUUUUAUUAUUUGGGGUAGGGGUGGGAACCUAGACAACAAUACCUAAAGGCUCUCAGUGGCCUCUGAUAACAGGGCCCAAAAGGCUGAGGGUAGCAGUUCAGCAACAACUCAGAUCUGGAGGACACCGUGUUGGCUACCCCUGGUCUAAAUGAUGAUUUAGACAAGUUAUCCAACAACAGCUAAAGGACAUAUAGUUUGGAGGCAUGUAGGCUCUUUUGCUGGUUAUGCUGAACACAUGUAGGAGGUAAGGCCAAAGUCAAAUGGGAACAAUUCCAUUUCCUUACCUAUGCAUGCUCAUAAUAGCUGAAGAAGUUUGGAAUAUUUUUCAGACUUAAAAAGUGUGUGUGUGUGUGUGUGUGUGUGUAAUUGUGAACACAUCCAGACACACUAAUUAGUCUUGCAUUUAUUGAAAGCCUUCCACUCACAUCUCAUUGGUAUAUACCUUAGGGGCAGGGCAUCAUUUUCUCUCCAUCGGAUUUUAGCUCUCUUUUUUUUUGCCACUUAGAAACAGCUUGCCAUGGCAACAGCAUUUUGGAUUAUGUGAGUAGUCACAUCUGAAAUUGCACGCCAAAGGAUUCUUGGGGCUGAGAGCCUAGACUGGAAUCUUAAAAGAGAAUUGCAGUGUGGCCUCUGACACUUGUUUCGUAAUGUAAUUAUUUGUGCGCAAUCCUAUGUGUGUCCCCUCAGAAGUAAGCCCCAUUGAGUUAAGUGGGACUUAUUUCUGGGUGAGUAUAGGAAUGCAGCCUAAGGCAUAUUUCAGCUUAGUGUAAAGUAAAAGGCAAAGGUAAAUGACCCCUGGACGGUUAAGUCCAGUCAAAGUCGAGUGGGGUGUGGCACUCAUCUUGCUUUCAGGCUGAGGGAGCCAGUGUUUGUCCAUAGACAGCUUUCUGGGUCAUGUGGCCAGCAUGACUAAAGCACUUCUGGCACAACAGGACACUGUGAUGGAAGCCAGAGUAUGUGUUUGUAAACCAUGAGAUUAGUUUACAGGGGUACCUCGGGUUACAUACACUUCAGGUUACAUAUGCUUCAGGUUACACACUCCGCUAACCCAGAAAUAGUGCUUCAGGUUAAGAACUUUGCUUCAGGAUAAGAACAGAAAUCGUGCUCCAGCAGCGCGGUGGCAGCCGGAGGCCCCAUUAGCUAAAGUGGUGCUUCAGGUUAAGAACAGUUUCAGGUUAAGAACGGACCUCCGGAACGAAUUAAGUACUUAACCCGAGGUACCACUGUAUAUACGUGCAGUUGUCCUGGGGCCUUGCUGCAGUCUCUCUCUCUCUCUCUCUCUCUCUCUCUCUCUCUCUCUCAAAAAGCAUUGAACCAACUCUCUCUGGUUUUAUUUUCACAUUUAGGAUGAUGUGGACCAGAUGGAUACACUGGAUAAAAUGCACCGGGAAAUCAUGGCCAGGGUGCACUCGGUCAUUGUUAAUGUUCAGGAAUAUCAAAGCUACUUUAGGAAAUACAGCCACUUAUGGAUGGAUGAUAAAGCCAAAUUUAUGAAGCAGUUCCUUGUCUAUGGACGAUUUCUCCGUACUGAAGAGCUGGAAUUAUAUGCAGACUAUGAACUUCAGAAAUGCUCCCCACAGUUAAAUCACUUUAAACAACAGGUACUUUGUCAUUUUUAAAGGUCUUUUCAUCUGCCUCUGUUAGUUGUGUUCCAUUAAGCUAUUUACACGAUUUUGCUCUUCUAAUUAAAACACCAGAAUUUUAAUCACAUCUUGUUCUUUAAGAUCAGCAUUUAUGAAGCCCUGCAUGAAGAAGUAAGCAAGUUUGAAAACCAGAAGAUUUUUAAUGGCUGGUUUCAGGUGGAUAUUAAGCCUUUUAAGAUAACUGUGAUGAAUGUUAUUAAAAAAUGGAGCUGGAUGUUUCAGGAGCAUCUGCUCAACUACGUAGCCCAAAGGUAAGCCAUCUUUGAUGUCUUUUAAAAAGGCUUUUGAAUUCUACAUCUUUUGAAACGGGGGUGGAACGGUGCUCGUUUCGUGAAAUAUUGAGUAGGGGAGAAACAAGGCCAUGGAGCAUCACCAAAGCCAAACAAAAACCACCAUAAAGAGUUUGAUCCCAGCAAAGCAGAAUCGCAGAUGAUCUUGUACAAAGGACUUGCUCUGCUGAAUGGUCCUUAAAUACGUCCUUUUGUGGGUUAAUUGCAUUGAAGAAGAAGCAGGGGUCUGCUGCUGGCACCAGCCUUGACGUUGUGCAGCUUCCCUGGCCACACCUCUGAUGUGGAGUGUGGAUGUCUGCAGGAGGCAAGGCUAUAUACACACAGACUUCUGUAUGAGCCAGAACCCCAAUUAUGUAGGUGUGCAGAGGUCCCCAGGGCCACCCCAAUAACUCACACAUCACACCAAAUUUUUUGUUUAAGGUUUUUGGCAUAAUUUUGGCCACAACUUUAUUAAAAUACAAACAUGUGAGUGGUUGCUUAGGCAUUGGUUGCGACUAUCUGCCCCCACAGUGGGGGCCAGACUGACAUUCCGCACGCCUGUGAAAGUCAGAAAAGGGGAAUACACUUGGGGGUAGCGACGGAGCAGGGAACCUGCCCUCAGCCCUCCCCAAAUGCAGCCAGGAGCUCUUGCAGUGGCCCAAGCCCCCUUGACAGGGUGGACAAGCAAUAGUUAGCCCCCGAUUCCUUUAACGGAAUCCCUUGCAGCAGCAGCAUUAGAGGGGCAGGCACAGCCAAUCCAUGCCCCUGAACCAACCAAACCAUAAACCAAUGCCUAACCACAACCUUACAAGUUGGGACGAUUUGCUACGCAGUAGGCAAAAACCAAAUGGCCCCAGCCAAUCGGCCAGAUGGACAAAAUUCCUACCGGGCCCCUGCCCCAAGAGCAGACGACCCCAUGACAGGCAUAGCAAGGUCAAAGCGAACAACCCUAAAUAUAGGGGGGGGGGGGACGACGGGCACGGGCGAUGCACGGGCGAAAAGAAGAAGCCCUAGCCUCGUGCAAGGAGUUUCAGCAGUCUGGCUGUCAAUCAACAAAUUGCAACAUUAACUUCUUCCCAACAAGGGAAGCCCAAUCGCAUCAGUGGCCAACGAUCAAUUAGCCCGCCCCACAACUUUGGAGUGUCCUGGCGGCCCCCACCGCAACACGUGCUCUUUAUGAAGGAGAACACGCUUUGUGGAAGGCUGCAUGUCAGUGGACAGCCCAGUGCACUAAGCCAAUGAACAUGCAGAUGGAAGCUUCUCACUGGGGAACCUUAAGACCAGGAGCCAAAGGUGGCACCUCUAGAGACUCUUUCCAGGCCUAUACUCCACACACACCCCAUGCCACAAAGUUCUUGCCCAGGUAACACCUCUUGCCAGCCCCGCUCUGUUCCUUCUUUGAGUAUUUUUGCUUGGCUUGCAUGUACUCUAGAGUUGUGAUAAUGCUUCUUAUUGGCCUGGAGGAUGGGGGACGCAUGUGGAGGGGUGUAGAACGGCUGAAUGGAUGUGUGCACAUGUGUCUGGAAAGGUCCUUAAAGUAUAACGAAGUUCUGUGAAAGCAGCAAACUCAGUACACGUUAGUUGCAGACAUCAUAACCUUGUUCUAGCAUUACAGAAUUAGCCAAGUUCAUCCAUGAAACGGAAAAAGGGUUAGCUAAGAAAGUGAAUGAAGGAGAUUAUGCGCUUCUGGUUGAAAUAAUGGGACACCUCAUGGCUAUCCGCGACCGACAAUCCAUUGAAGAUAUUUUCAAGCCUCUAAAAUCGACGGCUGAAUUGCUGCGAAGCUGUGGGCAACAGCUACCAGAGCAGAUUUACACAGAACUUGAGGUAAAAAUUCAACUGCUGUUGUUUCUGCUGAGUUUUAAUAAUAAUAAUAAUAAUAAUAAUAAUAAUAAUAAUAAUAAUUUAUUAUUUAUUAUUUAUACUCCGCCCAUCUGGCUGAGUUUCCCCAGCCACUCUGGGCGGCUUCCAAUCGAGUGUUAAAAACAAUACAGCAUUAAAUAUUAAAAACUUCCCUAAACAGGGCUGCCUUCAGAUGUCUUUUAAAGAUAAGAUAGCUGCUUAUUUCCUUCACAUCUGAAGGGAGGGCAUUCCACAGGGCGGGCGACACUACCGAGAAGGCCCUCUGUCUGGUUCCCUGUAACCUGACUUCUCACAAUGAGGGAACCGCCAGAAGGCCCUUGGCGCUGGAUCUGAGUGUCUGGGCUGAACGAUGGGGGUGGAGAAUAAUAAUAAUAACAACAACAACAACAACAACAACAAAUUAAAUUUGUAUACCACCCUAUACCCACAGGUCUCAGGGCAUUUACAAGAUAAAACCACAAUAUAAAACCUCAAAAUACAUAAUAUUUAGAAACUGAUAAUAAAAAUAAGUUUCAUAACGUUUGCUGCUUACAGAGGUCUUCUCAGCAUGUUAGGUCCCAGUGAGAUCAGAGGCAAGAAGUGAACUUAAGGAGAGCCCUGCUGGGUUGGACCAAAUGCUCACCUGGUCCCAGCAAUCUGUUCUCCCAGUGACCAACUAGAUGCCCACAAGCAGAGAAUGAACAAAAAUAGGCCCCCUCUUUUUCACGAUACCCAGGAACUGGUAUUCUGAGGCAUUCCCCCUCUGAUACUUGGAGGCGUCACAAAGCCAUGCUCAUGACUAAUGGGCUCUAAUAGUCACAUCUUCCAUGAAUUUGUCUAAUCCCCAUGUAAGGCCAUCCAAGUUGGAAGACCUUCACUGCAUCUUUCAUUGCGUGAAUAAGUGCUUCCUCUUAUUCUCCCUGAAUCUGCAAACACAUCAGCAGAGGAAGAAGGGAGAGGCAGUGGGGAAGUUGGCGCAGUGUGGACGUGGGGAAAGGAGCAUUUGUCUUUGCUGUGCUGAUCUCCACGUUGCCUGCCUGCCCUUGGUAACCAACAGCAAUGCGUAGCAUUCAGAAGCCAGGUAUGCAAUGCUACCCUGCCUGUGCAGCCCUGCCAACCACUAACAUCUAAUACUUGUUGUUGUUGUUGUUUAGUUGUUUAGUCGUGUCCGACUCUUCGUGAACCCAUGGACCAGAGCACACCAGGCCCUCCUGUCUUCCACUGCCUCCCGCAGUUUGGCCAAACACAUGCUGGUAGCUUCGAGAACACUAUCCAACCAUCCCGUCCUCUGUCGUCCCCUUCUCCUUGUGCCCUCCAUCUUUCCCAACAUCAGGGUCUUUUCCAGGGAGUCUUCUCUUCUCAUGAGUGUCCUUCCAGUGAGCAGUCAGGGCUGAUUUCCUUCAGAAUGGAUAGGUUUGAUCUUCUUGCAGUCCAUGGGACUCUCAAGAGUCUCCUCCAGCACCAUAAUUCAAAAGCAUCAAUUCUGAGGUGAUCAGCCUUCUUUAUGGUCCAGCUCUCACUUCCAUACAUCACGACUGGGAAAACCAUAGCUUUAACUAUAUGGACCUUUGUUGGCAAGGUGAUGUCUCUGCUUUUUAAGAUGCUGUCUAGGUUUGUCAUUGCUUUUCUCCCAAGAAGCAGGCGUCUCUUAAUUUUGUGGCUGCUGUCACCAUCUGCAGUGAUCAUGGAGCCCAAGAAAGUAAAAUCUCUCACUGCCUCCAUUUCUUCCCCUUCUAUUUGCCAGGAGGUGAUGGGACCAGUGGCCAUGAUCUUCGUUUUUUGAUGUUGAGCUUCAGACCAUAUUUUGCGCUCUCCUCUUUCACCCUCAUUAAAAGGUUCUUUAAUUCCUCCUCACUUUCUGCCAUCAAGGUUGUGUCAUCUGCAUAUCUGAGGUUGUUGAUAUUUCUUCCGGCAAUCUUAAUUCCGGCUAGGGAUUCAUCCAGCCCAGCCUUUCGCUUACAUCUAAUACUAUCUACUGUUAUAUAUAACAUUGGCUACUGCCCUAUGUUUAGAACCAACCCUGGAAAGCAGCCCUGAGUCUGUUCUGAAACCAGGGCCAUCUCACAAGGUGAGUCAUUGCUGAAAACACAGGUUCUUAUAGGAUGCAGAAAUUGUCAUCCAUUCACUAGGCCUGAGAAUUUAAUAUACAUAAGCAAUCUACUGACAAUGCAUCCAUAAAUGAGGGCACAAAGACAUUUCUGCCUAUAAAUUGCACCUUAAAGACAAUAUUUCCAUAGUAAAAAAGCAACAACAUGUUUUCAAUGAAGUACUUAAAAUAAAUGAGAAUUUAGAACAGAAAAAAUAAGCCAAUCAAGCUGACACGCUUCCAAGUUUCAUACCAAGCAUGAAAUAUUUUCAUUUCUUGGGAAAUGACACAACGCAAAAAAAGAAGUCCAGCAGAUUUAUGCAUAGAACUAGAUAUUUAUGAAAAGGUGGGCUCAGUAAUACUGCAACAGUUUUGGUUUUUUUACUAACCUUUCCUUUGGAAUUAAAGUUUUAGAACAAAGUUGAUGCCAAUAUCUUAUUUGAUACAGUGGUACCUCGGGUUAAGAACUUAAUUCGUUCUGGAGGUCCGUUCUUAACCUGAAACUGUUCUUAACCUGAGGUACUACUUUAGUUAAUGGGGCCUCCCGUUGCCUCCAUGGCACGAUUUCUGUUCUCAUCCUGAAGCAAAGUUCUUAACCCGAGGUACUACUUCUGGCUGAGCCGAGUUUGUAACCUGAAGCAUCUGUAACCCGAGGUACCACUGUAUUUUAUUUUUUAUUGCUUCUCCUUAACUUCAUCUAUCUAUUUACCUCCCUUUUAAAAAAUCUCUCCUAGGGGUUUUAUCUGUUUACAGAUUUCGUUUCUCAGACUUCUAGUACCUAACACUCCAAUUCAUCUUUGGUAUAACAUUCCCAGUAUUUCCGCAUUUUACCUCUGGUUCUAAACCUGUAAGAAGUGUGACUUUGCACUCAUCCCCACUCCCCUUUAUCCCAUGAUGACUUCCAUUUGUACUAGAUUCAGGUAGGUAGCCGUGUUGGUCUGACGCAGUCGAAACAAAUAAAAAAUUAAAAAAUUGUCCAGUAGCACCUCAGAGACCAACUAAGUUUGGUCUGGGUAUAAGCUUUUAUUUUCAAAUGAAUUUUUAUUAUUUUCUUCAUAUAAUCCUUUCCCCAACAUUCCUUAUUAUCACAAUAUAAUCCCUUUGACUCUACCGAGUCUUGACUUCCCUCCCUCCCUGCAGCUGGUAUAUACAUCACAUAUUUAUUGCAUAUAUUACUAUCAUAACUCUACUAUUUUACAUUGAAGGUGUUAUUCCAGUCCUGCUAGUGUCUUUAAACUUUUGUGCUUCUCCUUUAAAUAUUCAAUGAAUUUACUCCAAUUGUUGUUGUAUCUCUGGUCCUCUUGGUCCCGGAUCCUUCCUGUCAAUUUGGCAAGUUCUGCAAAAUCUGUCAUCUUCACCUGCCACUCCUGGAUGGUUGGCAAAUCUUGUGUUUUCCAUUUUUGGGCCAGUAGAGUUCUUGCGGCGGCUGUGGCAUACAUAAACAAAUUCUGAUCUUUUAUUUUAAUCUCUAUUCCCACUAGACCUAGCAAAAAUGUCUCUGGUCUUUUGGGGAAAGUGUACUUGAAUAUCUUUUUAAGUUCAUUGUAAAUUAAUUCCCAGAAUCUCUUAACCUUGUCACAGGACCACCACAUAUGAAAAUAAUCCCCAUCUACUUCCUUAGAUUUCCAGCAUUUUCUGUCUCUCUUUCUAUACAGUUUAGCCAAUUUUAUUGGCGUCAAAUGCCAUCUAUACAUCAUUUUUAGUACAUUCUCCUUCAAAGCCAUACAUCCUGUAAAUCUCAUGGUCUGGGUAUAAGCUUUUGUGUGCAUGCACAAUUCUUCAGAUACACCGUAUUCAGUUCUGCGGGGACUUGGAAGCAUUUUUCCGCCAUCUAUGCCUGUGGGAGUACUUUCAACACACACAAGAACAAGACAAAGAAGAACAAACAGCAUCUUCACAACACAACAUCUCUCCACCUACUGGGGAACAGCUACCACCCACCCAACCCACCAAUGAACAGAACAUUGACCACCAACUGCCAUAAAAAAAAAGUUACCAAAAAAGAGAAUCCACAAUACCACACUAGAUCUUUACAUCAAUUGCUUCCGCCGCAGAAGGUGACUUCUGUUUCAGUGUAUCUGAAGAAGUGUGCAUGCACACGAAAGCUUAUACCUAGAACAAACUUAGUUUCUAAGGGGCUACUGGACAAUUUUUUAAUUUUUAGUUUAUUUCCAUUUGUACUGUGAUUUCUAGGCAUUUCUGAGAGGCUUUUCUUUUGUCCUGCCACUUUCCCCAGGAAAACCCACUGUUUACUGCUGAAUUAGAAUAAACGUCAAUCUGCAGAAAACCCAGUAGAUGUUUGCUCCAAUUUAGCAGUAAAGCACAGGUUUCCUGGGGAAAGAGGCAGGACAAUAGAAAAACCUCUCAGACCUAUGCCUAGAAAUGAUGGGACAAAUGGGAGUCUGGCUCUUGCUAGUCCUCCUUGAUCAGUUGGUUGCUCUUGAUACCACUGACCAUGGUAUCCUCUUGGUGUGGCUAUUAGGAAUUUGGGGUACUUUGGUUCUACUCUUGCCUCUAAGGACCAUUAGCAGGUGUACCAUUUUGUGGAGAUGUCUCCUCAACCCCAUGGCAUUUGCGUUAUUGGUUCCUUCCAUCUUUCCCCAUACAUUUAUAUGAAGCUAUUGAGAGAUAUUAUAUGGAUAUUUGGAGCCUGGUGUCACAAAUCUGUGAAUAACACCCAGCUCCAUUUUUUCAUACAAGGGAAGCACUGCUACAUAGGUAAGGGAAAUGAUUCUCCUUUUCUGAUGGCCUGGGUUUCAGAACUGGUUCAGUGUUGUUGUAUGUGGUUUGUUCUAAAUACAUAUCUAAACUUCCAGGCUGGGAAAGAGUCAAAGUUCAGUAGUAUAGCUUCUGCUUUGGCCUUCCUGAAGGUCUCCUAAGUUGGAGGGAAAUCUUCUGAAAUGGAGAGCUAGUACAGAAAAGUCCCACUUCAGGCGGUUACCAUAAAUAUGGAUGGUGACUGGAAUACCAGUGUGGGUGACGGUGGAACCAGUGCGUUGUCCACCUGUUUGUUUGUUUGUUUGUUUAUACCCCACCCAUCUGACUGGGUUGGCCCAGCCACUCUGGGCGGCUUCCAGCAUAUAUAAAAACAUAGUAAAACCUUAAACCUUAUAAAAGCAAGAUGCAUACCGUAUUUUUUGCUCUCUAAGACGCACCAGACCACAAGACGCACAAAGUUUUUGGAGGAGGAAAACAAGAAAAAAAAUAUUCUGAAUCUCAGAACCCAGAACAGCAAGAGGGAUCGCUGUGCAGUGAAAGCAGCAAUCCCUCUUGCUGUUCUGGCUUCUGGGAUAGCUGCGCAGCCUGCAUUCGCUCCAUAAGACGCACACACAUUUCCCCUUACUUUUUAGGAGGGAAAAAGUGAGUCUUAUAGAGCAAAAAAUACGGUAAAUUAAGCUUACUGAGAUGCAGACUGUUGAACCUAAACAUUUUUAUAAAAAUGCGAAAAAUAUAUUUUAUGAAUUACUAUGAGCAAUGAGUCUACAAUUGCAGAGGAUAAUGAGGUGGAGAGUGAAAGGUGUAAAUGUACCAGGGUAGGGGGAAAAAGAAAGUGAAAAUAAGACAUGUGUACAACCCUUUGUGAAAGGAAGGUUUGCUGACUUGAUGUGCCAACGAACAAACAAUAUCGGUUUGUGCGUUGUUAGGAAUUACCUGAAAAGUGGAAGAAUCUUAAAAAGAUUGCCUUCACUGUGAAGCAUGAAGUGGCUCCUCUACAGUCCAAUGAAGUGUCUGUUAUCAGAAGAAAAUGUGUACUUUUUGAGGUGAGAUCAGUUCUGUGCUGUGAACCGGAUGAUUUUUCGUUUUUUGUUCCGAUAACAAGCUGGCGGCAAGCUUCACUGAACUGAGAAAUUGUAAACUCUUAGAAAAGGCUGUCUAAAGAUAACAAUUCAAUGUUUCUGGUAAUAUAUUCCGGAUGAAUCUGAUAAUUUAAAGCCCACUUCACCUAAAAGUGGGAAUGAUGCUUGCGUCCUCUUUAUCUUCAAUUAUGUCUAAUCUGUUUCUACUUCAAACAUGGUGCCUGCCACUGUUGUCAGAUCAAAUGUAGAUUUUAAAUGUUUUAUGCUUAUCCACCGGGAAUGUUUUAAAUGUAUGUGCGCUGUGAUUUGUGUCGGGGUUGUGCAGGCUGUAUUAAAUAAAGUUUUAAGCAAAUUCAAGGGGACUUAAAUGAAAUGAUUCAGGGUUCAUGGGAUGGAACGUACUUAAUGGAUAGCAGCCAAGGAAAAGUUACGGUAUCAUCUCAAUGGAUCACCUGCUUGACCUUUCAAGAACUCAACUUUUGUGUUUGUGUGUGUACUAUGUCUUUCAGGUUAAACAGCAAGAGUUCAGAAACAGAUUUAAAAAUGAAGCCAUCUUUAGCUUUGAUGCUGGGAAUCCAUAUGCAUGCAUGGACAAGGUAAUGUUUUUUUCUGGAUUAGACACUUCAGUCACACUUAAAAGAAGCUAGAAACGGUUACAUUUUUCUGGCAUUUUUAUUGGCCCUGUUCCUGUGUCAUUAACGCACAAAUAUUUGACAGACAAAUGUUUUCCUGGCAUGGAGAAAAGUAGUGAGUGAUGCGUAUCUUAUCUGAUUCUCUGCAUUAGGCUGCUGUCAAAGGCAGCAGGACCAAGUUCUAAGUGGCAACUCUCUAUAUAUCUAAGAUAUAUACAGUGGUACCGCAGGUUAAGUACUUAAUUCGUUCCGGAGGUCUGUUCUUAACCUGAAACUGUUCUUAACCUGAAGCACCACUUUAGCUAAUGGGGCCUCCUGCUGCCGCCGCGCCGCCGGAGCGCAAUUUCUGUUCUCAUCCUGAAGCAAAGUUCUUAACCUGAAGGACUAUUUCUGGGUUAGCGGAGUGUGUAACCUGAAGCGUAUGUAACCUGAAGUGUAAGUAACCUGAGGUACCACUGUACGUAUGUAUAUCUAAGAGAGUUCCAACAACCUGAAGCUAAAUUUCUCGAACUUUUCCACAACUGUCUUGGUGCCUGCCACAUAAAAUUUGUAUGAUCCGUUUAAGACUAGCCUCAGUGAAAGGAAUUAUGAUAUUUUCCCAGAUGUAACUUGGGGUUUUCCAUAGUCCCAUUUUACUCAGGACUUACUAGAACCCAGCUUAGGAGACCUUACUUCAAUCAAGAGGAAAGAAGGCAGUAUCAAAAUGUUUCUUUUUUCCUUUUUUAAAGGCAAAACCCCAAAUAGGUGUUCAGAAAGCAGACAUUUAUUGUAGUAUGUUACUUGUGCAACAUGUUUUGACUAAUUUCUUUCACUACAAUUUAAUCUCAAGCAGUUUUUAAAAUGUUCCAGAUUAUAGAGGGGGGCUUCAAGGUCAAAAGGGAGGGCAUGGUUCAAGAGCAAGGAUGGAGAGCCUGUGGUCCAGCAGGUGUCAUUGGACUCCAAUUCCCAUCAGCUAAAGCCAACAUGGCCAAUAGUCAAGGAUGAUGGGAACUGUAGUCCAACAACAUUUUCAGGGCCCCAGGUUUCCCAUCCUUGUUUAAAAAAGUAACAGUGUUAGCCUCUCUCUCCAAACAUAACUGGGAGGAGCUUCAAUAUUUUCUGAAUUGGGCCUUGACCUUGUUGUGUAACCUUGGAUGCAACAGUUUAGCACACCCAUCAAUUACCGUAUUUUUUGCUCUAUAAGACUCACUUUUUCCCUCCUAAAAAGUAAGGGGAAAUGUCUGUGCGUCUUAUGGAGCGAAUGCAGGCUGCGCAGCUAUCCCAGAAGCCAGAACAACAAGAGGGAUUGCUGCUUUCACUGCACAGCGAUCCCUCUUGCUGUUCUGGCUUCUGAGAUUCAGAAUAUUUUUUCCCUUGUUCUCCUCCUCCAAAAACUAGGUGCGUCUUGUGGUCUGGUGCAUCUUAUACAGCGAAAAAUAUGGGCAUCUUGCAUACUUCGAUUGAUGGCAAACAAAACUGACUCCAUUUAUUUAUGUAUUAAAGCAUUUAUAGCUUUCUCUGCAUGAGUCCUGAUAAUCAGGGUGGCAUACAACCAAACUUCUAUGCAAAGGACACUAGACCCAGCUCAUCAAGAUGAACACAAAUACUCACAGCAAGAGUAUUUGUAAGAAAACAACAGGACAGGCUAAACAGUCACCCACACAAAAAGCAAGUCUAAAACCAUUUAAGAUUUCUGAACAAAUUAAUAACUUUUAAGUUGACUUGGCACCGAAACAGUAGCAAUGUCAGUGCCUCUUGUAAGAAGAGGGAAAUUCACAUUGUGCAAACGCUCAGAUUAUUUCCCUGGAUAGAAUUCCUGUGGAAGAAUUGCUCUUCUUCAGAUCUAGUGUAAUCUUUUACUUCUCUAGUAUUUACUCCUAAAAAAUUAGCAAUGUGUUUCCCCAAUACUUAUCAAAAUCAAAGAACAUCAGAAGCAAAGUCUUCAUUAGAGACAUCCAUAUAUCCAGGUUCUUGUGAACAUGUAAGCAAAAACCUGGUACUUUUUCUUGAUAAUAUGUUUCAAAAUGGUGUCCUUGCAGACUCAUAAAGACAUUGCAAAACUAGAGACAGAAAUGAAACUGCUGCAGGAAACUGCAAAGCUUUUUGAAGUGAGUGUGCCAGAAUACAAGCAGCUGAAGCAGUGUCGUACUGACGCCAUCUUGCUUAAAUCAGUCUGGGAUAUGGUGGUGUUUGUCCAGGUAAGGACUCGCUUUCACCAUUUGCAUUAAAGGGAUGUUAUUUCAGAGAGGACAGAAUGAAGUGGUACAAGAUUACUUUGUGAUGUGGUGGGUCCUGUGUUGAUUGUGUCUGUGACCUGCUAGGUCGUGGAAACAGUAACAAGUUUAUGGAGAUAAGGAAUGAAGCAAAAUAGUAAAAGGAGAUUACUAAGAACCCAAAACUCAAGAUGAUAUCGUGCAUUCAAGCUCGUUUGUCCAGCCAGCAAUUGAGAAACUAAAUCAGCCUCUUGUCAGCUCCUUCACAGGCACACCAGAUCACAAUCCAAAUUCACCUACUCCAUCAAUGACCAUUUAUCCCUUUAUAAUUGUUGGUGUUUUUCGAGUCUGUUGAUGAGGCAAGUCUGUUUCCAGACAGUCAAUAAGCAAUUUGAACACUUCACCUGUUCAGGCUUACUGUGGCUUUGGGCUGAUCUGCCUCCCUCCUUCUCUCUGGUGCCCUGAUGCUCUCCUUCCUGUCCCCUUGCUUUGCUCAAACAAACCAAAGUUGGUGUCCAAAACAGAAACCGAAAGCCAUUUCAUACUGUGGUUUCUAACGAUGGCUUGCUCAAACCAGGAAGCGGAGAACACUAGAAGGAGGGAGAGAUGAGCACAUGUCAGAAGUCCACUCACAAUCUAUGGUUUAGCCAUUGCUUCUGAACCUGUUGUGAGCCUGUUUGUUGGAGUUUGUAAAAGUUCUUCCCGUGUCUAAAGAACAAAGACUUUCCUUAGAUAUCACACUUCAAAAAUAAGAACAGGGAUAGAGCCAAUCAGGCUUGAUAAUGGUUCCCCCAUCAGGUGGCAUAUCAAAUUUAUUAAAUAAAUAAACAAAUUGCUCAUUCUCAAGAGAAUUUAGAAUUGAAAUAUUUUAUUGUCACUUGUACAACUUGUAUACAGUGAGAUUACAUGAGCACCUCCCACUCAGCUCUCUUCGUCUUAUUUCCCCUUGUUUACUGACGCACACCCACCAAACCCGAAAGUCAGUUGCCCUGUUGUUAUCUUUUCAUUCAGCAGCCUAACAGCCCAUGGAUAGAAGCUGUUCUUUACCCUGUUGGUGCAACUAAUCAUGCUUCUAUAUCUUCUGCCUGAGGGCAGGAGAUCAAGAAAGUGCCAGCCAGGGUGUGAAUCAUCCCUGAGAAUUUUCCUCACUCUCCUGAGACAACAUUCUUCCACUAUUUCAUCCAGCGGAUUCACGGGACAGCCCAUAAUAUCUUGUGCUGUAUUCACCACCCUCUGUAGGCACUUCCUAUCAGUUGAUGUCAAACCAGCGUACCACACCGUGAUGCAGUAUGAAAGGACACUUUCUAUUGUGGACCGGUAGAAGGAGAUCAUCAAAUGUUGAUUGACAUUGUUCUUUCGCAAUACUCUGAGGAGAUGGAGUCUCUGUUGGGCUUUCUUAACCACCUGGGUUGUAUUGAUUUUCCAAGUAAGGUCUUCACUGAGAUAAACUCCUAGGAAUUUAAAGGAAGAGACUCUCUCCACACAGCCCACCCCGAUGUACAGUGGGGGUGAUGUUGGCACACUUACUGACCCAUCCAUAGAUCAAAACAGAUUCAUAUUUGUGUUUGUUUUCUGUGGGCACACAAAACUAUUUUUUACUGAAUCAUGUGACUGCUUCAUCUAGCCCACUUUUGUCUCUUCUGACAUACAGCAGUUCUUAAACAGUCUCAGGUAGCGUGCUUCAUCAGCCCUAUUGAGUUUGCUUUAAUCAAGAGUUUUGAGGAUUGAAUAUGGAACCUUCUGCUAUUCCCCAUCACUACAAAAAACAAAACAAAACUAGGGAGGUGUGGAAGUUUGCUACCAUAGAUCCCAGAAAAUGAUGACAAAGCUGAAAGCAUUGAAAUUACUUGUUGUAUCCCUCAUCUGACAAAAUAAAAGAGAAUUUCCUGAUGGGGAUUGUUGUGGUUUGAAUGAGCUUGAAAUAGGCUCCUCUGAUGGGAGAAAAAUAUGUCCUUGAAAAUUAAUUCCAUUCUAUUUCUGCUUUGUGCCAUGUGGCAAGUGCAUGUAUGACAAUGCUAAAUUAUUUAUGAACAUGUGCCUAAAAUGAAUAAAACACACAGGAACAAUGCUAAGAAAAACCAGAUGCUAGAGAUGCACAUCAAUAUUCUAUUUGAUGAUCUUCUGUCUCUAAUGAUCCUAGGAUUUCCAUUUUGUGUCAUUUCCAAGCCUGUUUACAUAAAAAAAACCAACCACGAAUGGAAAUAACGGGUGUCAGUGCUAAACCUGGAAAAAAGAAACUCAGAGAAAAUGUUCCUUCCCUUUCCCUAUACAGCAUUCCAUAUAAAUGCAUAACCUGAGAUGGAAGCAAAUGGUUCCUUUCUACAAUAGAAGAGUCCUUCCAUCAGAGGAAAGGAACCAUUUAAUUCGGUACAAUGUGUUUCCUUAGUCCGCUGAUGGAGUCCAUUUUUGCUUUAAAAGGGGGGGGGGGAGAGAAAAGAAGCAUUAAAAAAUGUGUAUUGUUUCAUCAUUUGUCCUUCCAUCUUUGGUAAUUUUUAUUUUAUGAGCGCAUAAGACUAUAAGAUGCUGAGUCUGACAGUUUCUUAAAGGUAAAGGGACCCCUGACCCUUAGGUCCAGUCAUGGACGACUCUGGGGUUGCAGCGCUCAUCUCGCUUUACUGGCAGAGGGAACCAGCGUACAUAUAAUGAUCUGAAUGAAAACUUGGAAACCCAGACAUUUCAAUGAGCAUGAUUACAUUUUUUAUUUUUUGGCAAUUUGUCAUUCCUGUCAGUCAAUGUAAAAGUGAAAAUGAUGAAGCUGUUGCUUGAGCAGUCCACCACUACAAGGGCCCAUAUGUUCCUGUACAUCUGUUGCUGCUACUAUUUCUAUAGAAUCAGUUUAUAGGGGGUUGCUAAGUUGACAACUGAGUCAAGGAAGGCUUGAGCCAGCGUAUCAACUCUACAUGCCAUCUGUGUAGUCCAUGAUGAAAAACGAACUAAAAAACAGUUUGUAUGAAAGAUAUAAUUUGGCGUUGGCACUAAUGUGUUCCUCUGUUCACAAAAACGCAGAAAUGUCCACCAAUUUUCACCUUCAUUUGUAGCCCCUUCACCUCAAUCAAUCUCUACCAUUGCCAAUGAGUAGACUUUCACAGGGUGCUGUGAUCUGCAGAAGGAAAGGGAGAUGUGAAAGCUCACUUUGGUAAAGAUUAACUCUGUUCCAUUUAUAGAAAGAAAGUUUGGGUUGGAUCUUAAGAUCUCUCUUCUAGGAUAACGUAAGGGAGUCAUUUAGGGAGGGGGCAGGUAGUUUCAAACCACAUACAUGUGAGUUUUCAGAGCUCUGGUUAAAUAUGAAAUGUAGUCAUAACAAAACUUAAAAUAUACUGGUUAUGUUUUUUGUUUGGUUUUGUUUUGCAACUGAGGCUGCAUUCCGGAACCCACUCAAGUCCCAUCUAAGCCCAUAGAUGGGACCAGGGUGGCGCUGUGGGAUAAACCACAGAGCCAAGGACUUGCCGAUCAGAAGGUUGGCGGCUCGCAUUCCCAUGACGGGGUGAGCUCCUGUUGCUCGGUCCCUGCUCCUGCCAACCUAGCAGUUUGAAAUCAUGUCAAAGUGCAAGUAGAUAAAUAGGUACCAUUCCGGCGGGAAGGUAAACGGCGUUUCCGUGUGCUGCUCUGGUUCGCCAGAAGCGGCUUAGUCAUGCUGGCCACAUGACCCGGAAGCUGUACGCCCGCUCCCUCAGCCAAAAAGCGAGAUGAGCGCCGUAACCCCAGAGUCGGUCACGACUGGACCUAAUGGUCAGGGGUCCCUUUACCUUUACCUUAAGCCCAUCUAAGCCCCAUUUAAGCCAUCUUGACUGGUGAGAAAACACUGCACUGUUAAUCUCAGGUAUAUCUUAAUGUUUGAAUGUUGCCUCGCUACUGAAACUCGAAAUGGCACAUUGAUCUUAACAUUUAAUGAACAUCAAGGAAACGAACAGACAGAAUUUCAACAAUUCUUUUUGAUUAUACAUUUUCCUUUUCUUAACCAAGUAUGACUGAUGACAGCAAGUCGGACAAAUGAAUUUGGAGUAGGGGAAGAGAGGCUUUCUAGCAAAUGAUUAAAACAUCAACCUCCUCUCUCCAGGUUUUGAUGAGAGGGCUUUCUGUUGAACGCAAGAGAAUUUCUGUGGGGAAGUAAUGCCUUUGGAAUAUGAAUCUUCUGGACAAUGUUUUCUCUCCCUUAAAAAGCUAGCAAGAUUUUCUAGUGCACAGAAUCAAGAAUACAUGUCUCCUUAGAUUAGAUUUCAGCCUCAGUAGGUUUCAGAUUUUGAAAAUCAUUUUGUAUGCAUUGUACAUUAUACAUAUUUAUACACAGAACCUACAGGUGAGUUUGAAAGCUCUCUUUGCAUCCUAAGAUGCUGCAAAAAAUAAAGGUUAUGGGAUUCUUCUUUCCUCCUGUCUACAGAUGAGCAUUAAAGACUGGAUGAAAACUCCAUGGAAACAAAUAAAUGUUGAACAAAUGGAUGUGGACCUUAGAAGAUUUUCAAAGGUGAUAAAUACUCCAAAUUACUAUAUUGUAUUUACAUGCACUGUACUUAACUGAACUGGCAAACCAAUCCUUUUCCAUACAGUAGAGUAUACAGUAACUUUUGGUUCUCGAACUGAAGUGGUGCCCAGUGCCUGAGAAGCACUGCAGAGAAAAGGCAUGAGAACUCUCAGCUAGACUUACUUACACUGGUUUAACAGUAAUUCCUUCCCCCUCAGAGAACCCCAGGGGCUGACUUCUGUCAAGGCUAGCAAGCUGUAACAGAGAAUUCACAAGCACCCCUACCAUGCUACGAUUUCAACAUUUCUUUGGCGGAAGCCAAGAAAGUUGAAAGUGGUUUGUAGAGUUGCUUUAUAGGUUUGCAGAGUAGAUAAUAGCUUUCUUUUCCUUUUGUCUUGAGCUAUGGGGUGCUUCCAGACAGGCAUUGAUUGUGGGAUCAGUGCUCCUCAUGCAUGCAAGGAGCCCACACUCAUUUGCUAUGUGUGCAUCAUGCCAUUGGCAUCAAAAUGCUAGCCACCAUUCUCCACUCUCUUUGAAUCCCAAUUUAUCCUUUCUAGGGAAAAUCUGGUAUUAUUAUUAUUAUUAUUAUUAUUAUCAACAACAACAACAACAACAACCUCAAAUUAAGCCUUGAUUGGAAGCCCCUUCUUUGGGAUCACUGCAUUAAACACUGAGAAGUAUUUAAAUUGUAUGCACUUAUAAAAUUUGCCUGUUAAAUGAAUUGAUCAUAUUUUAUUUUGUCUGAUUAUCUAUCUAUCUGACAAAAUGUUAUCAUCUAUCUAUCUGUCUGUCUGUCAUCUAUAUCUCUAUCUAUCUAUCUAUCUAUCAUCUAUCUCUAUCUAGCUAUCAUCUAUCUAUCUAUCUAUCUAUCUAUCUAUCAUCUAUCAUCUAUCUAUCUAUGGCUUUGUAAAUGAAUGCAUAUGGCCUCACACACUGAUACAGCUCUUUUACAUACAGCCUAUGAAGAUACAAGUUAUGUGUGUGCAAGCUUUGCCCCUGCACAGAACUGUCUCUGCAUUUUUGCUGGGUAGAGAUUGCAGGACCAACGGCUAUGUGUGUUCAUUUUGUCUGCAUGCAGGCUCUCUGUGGAAAAGCUGGACAAUCUGUGAAUGAUGAGGGGACAGGAGCAAUGGACACAAUCUCAGCCAUAGAUGCCUGUCUGGGGGCCAAGGCUCUUUGGGCCCUCUCAGUGUUUAUUUUUAGGGAGUCAGGGCCCCUCAUUGUUUGAGGCCAAAUGCAGAACUGGAUGUGAAGUGAUGGCACCUCUGAUCUCAGCCCCCAAUGCACUGAGCACCCCCUGUUUGGUCAAUUGAACAAAUCUCUAGUAGGAAGCAUCCAGUUGCAAAGGAACUUCAUUGUGCAAUACAUGCCUCCCCACAAAGUGUUACAUUUGGACGAUAUCUGGCCUACUGAAAGCUUAAUCCAGGCAUAGGCAAACUCGGUUCGCCAGAUGUUUUCGGACUACAACUCCCAUCAUCCCUAGCUAACAGGACCAGUGGUAAAGCGAUGAUGGGAAUUGUAGUCUCAAAACAUCUGGAGGGCCGAGUUUGCCUAUGCAUUUAGUUUCUGAAAGCAACUUUGUGUUUUACAUCUGUCUCCCAUUGCUUGUUUGCUUUUCACGGUUUCUGUACCACACAGGACAUGAAGACUUUGGAUAAAGGAAUACGUGCUUGGCAUGUAUACGUGGGAUUAGAGUCAACAGUUAAGAAUUUGUUAACCUCCUUGAGAGCAGUGAAUGAACUUCAGAACCCUGCCGUUCGGAAAAGACACUGGCAACAACUUAUGGCUGCGACAGGGGUAUAGCUUUUUGGCUUCGUACACUGGAACUGUGUGCACACAAAUGCCAUGUCUUUUCCUGAGCUGCAAAUGACUUUUCUUUUCAAUUUCGUUUCCCAGGUCUGCUUUGUCAUGAACGAAGACACUACACUAGGGGACCUUUUAGCUCUCCAGCUCCACAGGGUAGAAGAUGAAGUGAAACAUAUUGUGGAUAAAGCUGUGAAAGAAAUGGCAAUAGAAAAAGUAGGCCACAGUUAAUGUAUUAUAAGUAACAGCUGCUUUCGUAGGAAAUAGUCAACCGUCCUAAUGACACUGAAGUCAGGGGCGUGAUGUGCAUAUAGUGUUAACAGAACCAGGGCUGCACUCGUGGAACCGAUUUGUUUUCUUUUUCCAUAGGCACUCAUGGAAAUCAACCAGACAUGGGGUGUUAUGGAUUUCUCCUAUGAAGAACAUCACAGCACAGGCACACCAUUGUUGAAAUCCGAUGAAAACCUUAUAGAAACACUAGAAGACAACCAGGUGAUGGCUUGUUCUGAAUGUUUUCUCCAAGGCAUUAUGUAGCACGCCUGCCAACUAUUUAGAGUCAUUAAUCCAACUCUCUGAGCAUUUUGGAGGCCCAUGCAGAACUUUGUGUGUGUGGCCUUUUCAAUUCUAGCCCUUAUUUUCCAGAAGCAGUCGAUGUAUUGUGUCGAACGCAAAGUACAUAACCCGUUAUUGUUCCAAACAAUAGGCAUGAGCAAGAGAUGAGUGUUGCAGUGAGCUGCUCCCUCCAGCAUCUCAGGGAAGACUUCGAAGUUCUGUGGGUGAACCACAUUAGCGUGAUUGUAAGUCGUUGGAUGGGAUCCCGUGAGAGUUCAUUUAAACAGAAACAAUGCCUUCUAAUAUUUCCAUGCACUUUUUAAGAAUACAUACAAAACAACGCAAAUAGUUCUUUUUAUAUUAGAUAUUAAAUUGUUUUAACCCACAUCACAACCCUCCUGAUUUUCCAGAGUUUUUAAUUUUUGUCAAGUCAAAACAAAUUUUAAAAAUGCAGUGGAUCUUUAUGAAUGCAUAUUAUCUGCAAGAGAUCAUAGUGCUACACUUGGCACCACACAUGCUACAGCAGGGGUCAGCAAACUUUUUCAGCAGGGGGCCGGUUCACUGUCCCUCAGACCUUGUGGGGGGCCGGACUAUAUUGGGGGGGGGAAUGAACGAAUUCCUAUGCCCCACAAAUAACCCAGAAUUGCAUUUUAAAUAAAAACACACAUUCUACUCAUGUAAAAACACCAGGCAGGCCCCACAAAUAACCCAGAGAUGCAUUUUAAAUAAAAGGGCACAUUCUACUCAUGUAAAAAUACACUGAUUCCCGGACCGUCCGCAGGCCAGAUUUAGAAGGCGAUUGGGCCGGAUCCGGCCCCCGGGCCUUAGUUUGCCUACCCAUGUCCUACAUGAAUGAUUGGUUCUUGUUCUCUGGUUCUAUCGGGUCCACCACACUUUUCAACAUCUUUUUGAUGGCAUUUCUUUUGGGAGGUACUAAACAUGAAAUUGAUCUCAGGAGUUUAAAAUCUGUUUAUAUAUCCUGCCUUUUCAAAAUCUUGAGUCAAAUUUAAAAACAAUUAAAAAACGCAAUGAAACGCAAUCAAAAGUGCUAUUCAGAGGGAGAAAGGGGGUAGGGAAAGCUUUUAAAAUAAACAAACAAACAAACAAAAUAUUCUAGUCUAAUUGGUACACUUAGACAAUCUGUGAUGACAACAUUUAUAGGUAAACAGAAACUGGCAAUAAUUUGUACACAUUCCAGUUUGGUUGGUCUGUACCCAGAACUAUUACUUAUGCUUCAGGUGUUCGUCCUGCGGCAACUUAGAGGAGGGCUUUCUCUGUGAUGUCCCCUGAUCUCUGAAAUAAACUCUCCGUUCAGAUAUGGCAGGCACAUACUGUGGUGAUUUUCCACUGGCUGUGAAAAAAACCAAUUUGCUCAAGCUUUCCAUUUCUUUUGAAUCAUUAGAAUCAGUGCUUUCCCCCUUAAAAAAUGUUUAGAGGUACUCUCAUUGUCCUAUUCAUAUUGAAAUACUGCCCCUCAACGAUUCACAAAAUGUUUAGGGGUAUGCGUACCCCUGCUUCCCCCCAGAAAAUAAUGCACUGAUUAGAAUCAAUGGCAGUUUAUAGGUACUGCAGUUCUUAGGGCUAUUAAAAAAAGCACAACCACAGUGUGUUCUCAUUGAACUGAUUGAUGCAAAUUGCAUUCUGGACCCAUUCACAAGAAUGACUUUUAUGAGGCUGUCACUGAGGUAGCUGCAAAAAAAUGAUGCCAUGGGUUGAGAAAACUGGCAGUAAUUAAAUGCUGAGUCACUACUUUACUGUGUCAAGUUAUUGACAGGUUGACUUCAGUAAACUAAGCACACACUAGUUAAGUGGAGUGCUUGCAAAUGCUUCAGGAAAAAAGAAAUUCUGAUGUUCAGGCAUGACUGCUGAUGCUUACAAAAAAGAAUCCUUAGAAAAAAUAUAAGGGGAGACACUUCUCCCCCCCCCAAAAAAAAUAACCUAAUGAGUGACCAUAAAAUUCUGGCUGACUUGGGGAAAAGGAAUGAUAAACCAUGUGGGAGGGGAAAUAGAAUACAGUGGUACCUUAGCUGUCGAACUUAAUCCAUUCUGGGAGUCCGUUCGACUCCCGAAAUGGUUUGAAAACCAAGGGGCGGCUUCUGAUUGGCUGCAGGAGCUUCCUGCACUCAAUCAGAAGCUGUGGAAUCUGUGCUGGAUGUUCGACUUCCAAAAAAUGUUCACAAACUGGAACUCUCACUUCCGGGUUUGUGGCGUUCGUGAACCAAGCCAUUCGACAAUCAAGGUACCACUGUAGAAUAUUGUGGAGAUGGGUAUGGCUGAAUGGGAAUACUUCGCACUACAGUAAUGGUUGCAGGUUCCACUUUUCUUCAUAAUCAUAGUAGUUAAAAUAAGCAUGUAAGUACUGAAGAGCUCAGAGGAGUCCGUCUUUCCUAUUAUGCCCUCCUGGCACUCAGUUCAGCACCAGAACAGGCUGGAGGGUCCGGGGUGGAGGGUUUGGUGUAUAAAAAUUCUCUCUCUCUGUCUCCAGGCUCCUGGUCUGUUUAUGUGCUGAUCUGGACUGUCUGUGUUAGCAGAAUGUGCUGGCGAUUCUUCUCACUCAACUGCUCAUCAGUCUCCCAGUCUGAGCUGAUUGAAGUGGUAUCGUUGCUGAGGAGUCCCAGGGCGAUUGUCUUGGGGGAAUCUCAGGGUUUAUGCUGAGACCACUUGGAUAUGGGGUGUUUGGCUGCCAUGACUAGCAUAGGACUACCCCAAUAUAUCACCAGCCCAAGACAAGUAGCAGGUCUAAAGUGGGGUUUUUGCAACUCCUCCUUUGUCAUAGUCAGAUGACUUCCUGCUGAGUUUUUGACUUGUGUCAGUUUGUUCCUUCUGCAGGGCGAGGGAUCUGUUAAGACAGGCCAUCCCUACAGAGGCUGGUGGAUUAUAAAGAGCUUUGUGAGAUUCCUGUGCUGGCAUGGUUGUGAAAUGUAGGGUGAUCUGGGAAAUUGUUAAUUGUUCCUUGGCGUUUUCCCCUGCUAGGCAGAGCCAAUACAAUUCUUUGGUGCAGGGCAAGUUGAGGACAACGAAAGGAGUUGAGAGGCAACUAGAAUACAAGUGGAGGAAAACUCAUUUUCAAGCCUUGUUCCACAGCAGUUAUGGUGCUGAAGUAUCAAUUCUUUUCCACUAGCCACCAUUGCAUCCUCUCAGUAUUUCCCAGUGGACCUUUCCUAAGUGGUUUGAGGCCUCUUAAGCUCUGGCCCUUUGGAUGGUGUAGCAGAGCCCUCAGUGGCAUGUUAUGACACAUGUAAGAGUCAUUUUGAGGGUACAAUUGUUUGCAUCCACCACAACUUAGAUUCCACAGUUGUUGCAGUUCAUCUGUGGAGAUGGCCAUUAUGCUGUCUGGUCCCAUAUUGUUGGAUGAAUUUCAGUAAUUUGGACUCUGGCAGAUGGACUUGGGGUUCGGUCAUGAUCGUGUGACAAUGUUUUUGCUUGUCAUUCUAGCAGGAAGAGGAUGACUUGCAGACUUAGGGAACUGGGCCUAGUUACCCAUGGAGGACACUGAUUUUCUAAAUCCAUUUCAGUUGGAGUUCAGGCCUGGUUUUGUCACUAAAACCAUCUUGGUUGUCCUCUGGGAAGAGUGGCAAGAGGAAUGUAACCCAAAUGAUGCUCAUUGUUUAAAUUAGGGAUGGGAGGAAAUAAUGUUUCAAUGCAAAAUUUCCUGAAUCGGUAAGUGAACUGAAUCACAGCUAACAUUCCAAAGGUUCACCUUUCUGAAUUUUGUCCUGUAGUUCUCCCACCAGAAAGUGAAUAUUAUCUACAAAACUACAGUUUAUUAGCAAAAAAUAUUUGUGGGCGUGUGUAUUAUUAGACAAAAUUGCGCACAAAAUACAUACAUUGGGAGAAAUGCGCAUUAAAAUCUAUAUGAAUUUUCAUGUGGACUUCUUAAAUGUGGAAAUGGGGCAAAUAGUAAACUUUGAAAAAUGAGAAGCAGAGAGAAAACAAAACUGACAGACUCAUUCACUCCUAGUCUUAACCUUGGAUGUACAUUGGUCAUUUAUAACAUUAGAAAUGUGUUAUUAAAAUGUGACACCAGAGGGCGCUGUAGAGCAGCGAGCCCUCAACAGAGGAAAAUUGCAUUGAGAGUUAUAUAAUGUUACAUUUAAUAACAUUUUUACAGAUCAAUGUAGAUCCUGCCCUUGUUUAUAUUUGAUAUAUAUUAUAGAACCUAGUUAAAUCAUUUUAAGAGGCAACUAAUAAAUAUAAAUUGCAAAUUAAUAAAUACCGUACAUGGCUGUAUUCAAAUAUUGUUGCAGGUGCUGCUUCAGAACAUCCUGAUGAGUAAAUAUGUGGAAUAUUUCCUGGUGGAGGUCAGUAGCUGGCAAAAGAUCUUAAUGGUAGCAGACAUGGUAAUUGCACUGUGGCUGGAAGUGCAGCAAACCUGGGCUCAUCUCCAGAGUAUUUUCACCAAUUCUGAGGAUAUACGGAAGCAGCUUUCAGAAGAUGCUAAAAGAUUUGAGGGGAUUGAUAAGGAUUUCAAGGUAUGAACAAGCAUCUCAAUCUUUUCUUCUCCAUAAACUAUGUGAGAGAGAAAAGAAUGAAGACUUAUCUCAAAUUCAAACCUUAAAGUCCUCGCAGUUGGUUUGUUCUGCAGUUUGUAAUUCAUCUCUUCUGGCAUGCACAUAUACUUUAGUCCAGUGUUCCCCAACCUUGGGCCUCCAGCUGUUUUUGGACUACAAUUCCCAUCAUCCUUGACCACUGGCCUUGCUAGCGAGGGAUGAUGGGAGUUGUAGUCCAAAAACAGCUGGAGGCCCAAGGUUGGGGAACACUGCUUUAGUCCAAUUAAGCUCUAAUUAACAGGGGAACCUCUGCUUCUUAAUGGUGGUGUAGGAGGGUAUUCGCCAGGCAAAGUGCUUUUGCACUCAGCGCCUCCCUGGCCCCCGCAUUCCAUGCCAGAGCGAGAACCAGGUAAUGAGACAGACUGCGAGUGAAGCCUGUUCCGCCCCCCCCCCGGGGAAUUUGCAAUAAUGAUUUACCCUCUAUCAUCCUUGUUUUUCCAUCGCCUACACUCUCCCGCUGCCAUGGGGGCUGCUGCCAUUAAGGCAGACUGGAACCAGAAGCCUGCAAUUUUUAUCUCCCUUAAACUCUAUAGCUGCUGAAUUUUUAGAGGCUAUUGAAUUGUCACUCAUCUGGUCACAUUUGGUCAUCAAGAGUCACUUUCAAGCAGUUGUGCAGAAAUACUUUUGUAUAAUGGACAGAACUAGCUUUUGUUUCAAGUUUUUAAUGUGACACGUUUCUUACAUAAAUACAAAUUCCAAGGGGUAGUCAUGUUGAUCUGGUGACAGCUUAAAGACUGUCUUCAAAGCUGUGUUACUAUUAUAAUAAUAAACUGUGAGGAGAACCUGAGCUUACAGGGUUAAACAGCUCAGAGUGUACGCUCUGCCUACUGUUGGGAGGGAACUUCUACGUCAGUUCCGAGAGACUAAAGUCUUUGUUCUGUCUCUCUACUUUCGCUUUUGAGGAGAAAGAACGUGUUUUCGCGAUGCUGUUCGCUGUGAUAGAUAAUGGAUAGCCUGCUGUAAAUAAAACUGCUUUUAGCUGCUAAGAUCCUGUGUGGACUUUAUUUAAGCACACUGAAGAAUGCACUGGAGUUUUUGCAGUUUCCUCUUGCCGCUGUUGAUCUCUGCUAUGCUUUGCUCAGAAGCAUCGGAAUGCGGACUUUUGGAAUGCAGAGCUGCGAUGGGAAGUGUGCCGGACCUCAGGCUUAUCUGAGCAAUAAAUCAAUAUUAUCUAACAUAAACUACUGUAUAUGAAGUUGAAUGCUGAAUAUGCAUCUCUUUACCCUGGCCUCUCUGGGACGCGGGUGGCGCUGUGGGUUAAACCACAGAGCCUAGGACUUGCCGAUCAGAAGAUUGGCAGUUCGAAUCCCCGCGAUGGGGUGAGCUCCCGUUGCUCGGUCCCUGCUCCUCCCAACCUAGCAGUUCAAAAGCACGUCAAAGUUCAAGUAGAUAAAUAGGCACCGCUCCGGCGGGAAGGUAAACGGCAUUUCCGUGCGCUGCUCUGGUUCGCCAGAAGCAGCUUAGUCAUACUGGCCACAUGACCUGGAAGCUGUACGCCGGCUCCCUCGGCCAUUAAAGCGAGAUGAGCGCCGCAACCCCAGAGUCGGUCACGACUGGACCUAAUGGUCAGGGGUCCCUUUACCUUUACCCUGGCCUCUCACACUUGAGAUGUGUGUGUUUUGUACCCACUCUAGUCCCAUGAUGGUAAUUUGUUUUAAUUACUUUAAAAUUCUGAAUUAUUAUUAUUUUUUUUGUAUCCCACCUUGGAACCAAUUACUACUACUACUAUUACUAAAUCAAAUCAAAUACCUUUAUUGGCAUCACUUACUACUACUAUUAUUCAACCUCUUUGCCCAGAUCCUUUCUCACAAUUAACCACAUAAAGCGGGUAAUUCUAACAGACAUUUUUUUUCAGACUAAAUAUGACUUAGCCAGAUUGUCUUAAAUUCACAUUCAUGGCUGAGCAGAGAUUUUUACCCUCUCCCCUAUGCAAAUGCAACACUCCGCUUGAAAUGCCCUGUUGACUCUCAAAAAGAAGCUCCAUCCCACUUUGAAAUAUUAUUUUCAUUUCCUUCUGCUUUUCCUCCCUCUUGGUUGUUCAGGAACUUAUGGCUGAGGUGGUGAAGGCAAAAAAAGUCAUAGAAGUAACAAACCAGAUGGGAUUACUUGGAAAACUGGAAGUUCUUCAACAAAGGUUUGACUUAAAUGGAUCUAAGGCUUACUUAUGGAAGUAUACAUCUGAACAGGGUUCUAAAAGCCCUUUUUCUGGGAAGGAGGGGAGAAUAUUUGUUGCUAUAAUUGAAAAUCAAAACCCUUGCUGAUCUACUGCAAACCACUCAGUGAUCUGCCAGCAAUUUAUCUUCUGCAAGAUAGAUUAUGGGUACAGUUAUACCUCGGGUUGAAGUAGCUUCAAGUUAAGUAUUUUGAGUUGCGCACCGCUGCAACCGGGAAGUAAUGGAGCAUGUUACUUUCGGGUUUCGCCGCUCGCGCAUGAACAGAUGCUCAAAAUGACGUCACGCACAUGCACAGAAGCAGCGAAACGCGACCCGCAGACGUGCAGUCGCAUCUUAUGUUUACUUCAGGAUGCGAAUGGGGCUCUGGAACAGAUCCCGUUCGCAUCCAGAGGUACCACUGUAUUUGACUCCAGUGACUACCUCACUGGCAAUUCUAAUUUAUGUUAGAAAUCAUUUUCUUUCUUUCUUUUACAUUUGUGGACUUUGUUUUUCAGGCUCACACUUUGUGAGAAAUCCUUAGCAGAUUACUUAGAUGCCAAGAGACUCACCUUUCCAAGAUUCUAUUUUGUCUCUGCAGUGGAUUUGUUAGAAAUCAUCUCUAAAGGAACGCAUCCCAAGCAGGUAUUUUUCUUUUUCUCCCACUGACAUUGUUUGCUUUGCUAAUUCUUGAUGGCAGCAAACUGAAGCCAUAACAUUAUUAACUUUGUAACCCUGGUCAACAGAUUACAAGGCACUUGGUGAAGCUCUUUGACAAUGUGGCCGACCUUAAAUUUGAAGAGGACACAAACACUGAAAUACAAAUGGCCAUAGGGAUGUACAGCAGAGAAGGAGAGUUUGUGGUCUUCUCGGAGCCCUGUUUCUGCAAGGGGCAGGUAAAUCCAGAGGCAGAGAGCAAGCCAGGAGAAGGGUAUCAUAUCUGGAUCUGGAGUUGAGAACAAUUAGCUUAGCAAAGUCCACAGCAAGUCAGUGCAAAUCAAGUAUUUUAUUUUGUUUUGUUUUGUUUUAUUUAUGUAUUUUAUUUUAUUUUUAAAAUAAAAUAAAAUAAAAGGAAGGUCAGAAGCAGUUGGGAAGCGUAGCCAAUAUGUUUUUAAUACAUGGUUGGAAGAAAAAUUAGUAAGGAAAGAUAAUAAGAAUAUAUAGAUGAUUUGAGAAGGUUGUAGAAUGCAAAGAUUAUUGUAAAUUGUAUAAUGUGGAGGAAAUCGAGUGGGGGCAGAGGGAAGAGGGAGGAAGGAGAAAAGAAUAAUAUGAUAGAUUGAGGAAAUAGAAAUGUAAAUGUAUGGGGGGAUGGGGAGGAAAUGGUGUUGGCUUUGGUACAUCGGUAUUGUAAAGUAAUAUGUGAAAACUAAUUAAAAUAUAUAUAUAUAUGUUUUUAAUACAGUGGUACCUCGGGUUACAUAUGCUUCAGGUUACAGAUGCUUCAGGUUACAGACUCCGCUAACGCAGAAAUAGUACCUUGGGUUAAGAACUUUGCUUCAGGAUGAGAACAGAAAUUGCACGGCGGCAGUGGGAGGCCCCAUUAGCUAAAGUGGUGCUUCAGGUUAAGAACAGUUUCAGGUUAAGAACGGACCUCCGGAACGAAUUAAGUACUUAACCCAAGGUACCACAGUACUGUGUUGAUCAGUCUGCCAGCAGCCUCUUCCUGCAUCUCUUUAAGGGCUUUUGGAAGUCUAGGUCCAAGGAAAGCAGGGGAACUUGCAAUCUCACUCAGCCUUUGGCAUUCCAAAAAACAGGACCUUGUGUGAACUGUCAUUGAUAGGCACCACCUAAAAGCACAGAGUCCUAGAACCUCAGAAUUGGAGAGGAGCUCCCCCUAUUGUCAAGCACAGGGGGAGUGAAUGGGGGGGCAUGCAGGAAUUACUGAGGCUAAGGACAUAUCUGAAUGAAUGAUUUCCCUUCUAUUCCUUUGGCUGUGUACGUUGUAUGAAAAAGGCACAAAACAUAGCUGUCAACCGUCCCUUAUUUGGUGGGAAACUCCCUUAUCCCAGCGUCGUUUCCCACUUCUGUCCCUGAUUGAUGAUGUCCCAUAAAUUUCCCGGGUUUCAAAGGAAGCAGCUCCUCUCCCUCCCUCCCUCCCUCCCUGCCGGCCAGGGAGGAGGGAGGCUCCAACUGUGUUGCUUGGCUGCGUUGCUCAUCCAAUAAGGAGUCUAAGAACGAGUGGGGGGUGGAGCUUGCAUGCCUUGUGCCAAUCAAAUCGGCUGCAUUGCCUGGGGACUCGCCUUUGCUCAGCGCUUCCCAGCAGAGAGGUGACAGUGGUUUUCCCUGCUGCAUCCCCUUUGCCGGGUUGCUGCGCUGUGGGAACCACCGCUUGAGGCUUCGUUUGGCUGCUGGUUGACUAAAAUCCCUUAUUUUGGCUGCUGAUCCCUUAUUUUCGAGGCUGCUGGACCCUUAUUUUCAAAUCUGUAAGUUGACAGCUAUGGCACGAAAGCACGUUAAAAAGAAGUGGGCUUUUCUACUGCUUGACUCCAUAAUAUCAGUGUACCUGUCUACAUGCUUCAGGCAGAAUGCUGGUUAAGCUCCUUAGAGGAGGCCAUGCACAGGACAGUCAAGCAGAAGAUAAUGGAAGCUGUGGCAGCCUACGAGGAUAAGUCCCGAGACCAGUGGCUGUUUGACUUCCCGGCCCAAGUGGCGUUAACCAGCAGUCAAAUCUGGUGGGCAGCUGAUGUCAGAAUGGCUUUUGACCGGCUCGAGGAAGGCUUUGAAACGGCCUUGAAAGAUUACAAUCGCAAACAGGCAAGUGCAAUAGCCCUCGAAAGGGGAGCAUGUGUAACGUGCCACAAAACCCACAGCUUGCAACACAAAUGUCCCAGCAUCAGCCCCAGAAAUAGCCUUUGCUGCUGACAGUUUAUUGUUGUUGUUGUUUAGUUGUUUAGUCGUGUCCGACUCUUCGUGACCCCAUGGACCAGAGCACGCCAGGCACUCCUGUCUUCCACUGCCUCCCGCAGUUUGGUCAAACUCAUGCUGGUAGCUUCAAGAACACUGUCCAACCAUCUCGUCCUCUGUCAUCCCCUUCUCCUUGUGCCCUCCAUCUUUCCCAACAUUAGGGUCUUUUCCAGGGAGUCUUCUCUUCUCAUGAGGUGGCCAAAGUAUUGGAGCCUCAGCUUUAGGAUCUGUCCUUCCAGUGAGCACUCAGGGCUGAUUUCCUUCAGAAUGAAUAGGUUUAAUCUUCUUGCAGUCCAUGGGACUCUCAAGAGUUUCCUCCAGCACCUAUUAUUAUUAUUAUUAUUAUUAUUAUUAUUAUUAAUAUUUAUGGCACACAGACACAAAAAUGAAUAUGGCAGUGCACGCAUAAAAACAAUACUACAAGGGCAUCAAUACAAACAUUAGAAAAAACUGGUUGGUAAAAAUUUCGUGUCCCAAAGGCUUGUCUGAACUCAGUACAGUUUGUAAAAAACUCUAAAAGAAAGCAUGUCAGUAUUCUGUUGGCAGCAAGCUCCACAGGGGAUGGCCUGCCACACUAGUUAUGAGGGACCUCUGAAUUUGCGAAAUAUUCAGCAGUAUUCAAGUUCCUUUCAACAAAUACAUGAAUAAAAGUGGGCUCCAUCAAAAGAUCUCAGUGGCUGGAGGUGGAGCAGAUCCCAGGUGUCCUUUCCAAGUGGGAGUUCACAUCCACUUAUGGCUUCUCCUCCUCACUAUCUGAUAAACCGCACAAACACAGAAGGGGAAGAAGAAGGCAUAAAACACAGCCUCCCUGCUCUGUGGGGCUGCAUAGAGCAGGGGUCGGCAAAUUUUUCAGCAGGGGGCCGGUCCACUGUCCCUCAGACCAUGUGGGGGGCUGGACUAUAUUUUUUGGGGGGAAAUGAAUGAAUUCCUAUGCACACUAUGCACACCAGGAGGGCCCCACAAAUAACGCACAGGUGCAUUUUAAAAGGACACGUUCCAUGCAAGAGCACCAGGCAGGCCAGACAGUAUCGUGGAUGAUAAAAAUUUGAAAAAAUUCUUACCUGCACUGAUGAUAGUCAUUGUUUGGAUGGGGGGGUCCUUUCCUGGGUUUGGUGCUUCGUUGUGACCUCCUGGGCCUCCUGCUGCCGGACCUCUUCCACGCUUUGGGGGUGUGAUGGGGGCCCUCUCGCUGGCAGCGGAGGCUGAAUCACCGCCGCGCUGGCGGCGAGGUGAGCUCCGGACUGUAGGAGGGUCUCCAGAGGCCAGAUCGCCGCCACGCAGCCAGCGGGGAGAGCUCCUGCCUGUUCUCCCCGCCCUCUCUCUUUUCUGUCCCCCCAUAAAUCUCUCACCUCCUCCCCUGCCCCGGAUGGUGCCUCUUUUCCCACCAGCGGCAUCUCCAUCUCCUCCUUUUCCUCCUUCUACACCUCCUGAAGGAGGACUUUGUGUGAGAACGAGCAGCAGAUUCUCUCUCUCUUGUCUUUUUCCCCAGGAAGCUCAGACAGUGGCCGGGCCGGGUUAACGACCCUUGCGGGCCUCAUUCAGCCUGUGGACCAUAGUUUGCUGACCCCUGGCCUAGAGCAUACACAGCCCUUCUUACAACAAGGGUUCCAGAGUCACCCGGGGAGCGAGAGGGAGCCUUUUGCCUAGUCGCCAAGGAUAUGCAACAACGGCAGAUACACCCUGAUAGUAGCCAUUGUCUAGUGCUCUGCAAUGGGCAUGGGACUAGGAAGCAGGAGAGGGGAGUUUAAGCCUUACCAGAGGGAUAAGAGAGAUGGUUCCACUCACCUUUCCCAUGCCUGCAAAGGAGAGAGACUUCCUGGACUCGAAGCCACAGUGCAGACCACCUAACCACCACCACCAGAGCCGCUCGUAGUAGCAGACAGUCAUCAGACACAUUCGUUCACCUUUAAAUGCAAACUGAAUCUAAUUUCUCCCUUUUUCCUAGACAGUAGUGGCAUUCCACUGACAUGAUAGGCUUCUGCCCAAUUCUACAGCACCUCAACCUUCAGAUCUUAAGCAUAUGAUUGUACUCCUAAUGCAGCAGAAUAAAGGAACACAAUCCUCUCCCCCUCUCUUAAUUUUGAUAAAGGAGUUUAAAUAACAAAGCACAGUUUGGCUAAUACGGAUUGUUUUUCUAAAAUGCCGUAUGAUACGUGCUAUAUUUCAACCUCUUAAUAAUUCCAUCACACUGAACACGAAAGCAAAUGCAGUACAAAUGAGUCUGCCCACCAGUAUUUAAUUCAUAUUGGAAUAAAAGUAAUGGCUACUAGCUGAAAAGUGUAUCUUUGUUAUUAAGGAAGCAAAUUACAAUUACGAGAAAACAAUACCACUAUUAGUUUGCAAAAGUUAUUUGCGUUGAUUAAAAGCACCAAUAAGUAUGCCUUGCUACCAGAACUGCUCCAUUUAGCACUUGACAUAUAAUAGGUUUUUUUCCCUUCACAGUGUAAUAUCUCCAUUGAAAUAUAAUUAUUUUGCAGAUUGCUCAACUGAACGCCCUUAUAAACAUGCUGUUAGGGGAACUCACCCCUGGAGAUCGUCAGAAGAUCAUGACAAUAUGCACAAUUGAUGUACAUGCUAGAGAUGUUGUAGCCAAGCUUAUAGCACAGAAGGUAAUUUGUUGCAGAGCAAUUACCCUAAUGCAUUUUUAAAAGCAUAAGAUAAAGAAUAAUUUCAUUUGUUGAAAAGAUUUCGGGUUGCUUAUGUAUAAUGAUGACAGAAUAUUUUGAUCCAGUCAAUUUCUGUCCUUUUUCUUUCGAUUCAGGACUGAAGAUAAUUGCAUUUACCAGUUGAAAAAAUGCUAUUUAAAUAUAUAUAGAUAUGUGUGUGUUUGUCCAAAUGUUUAAAGUGUCUUAUUAAAAAUGUAUGCUAUAAAGUGACAGCAGGUUCUCAGCGAUCUGUCCCAGACCUGUUAAAUGUUACCAUGAAAAUGUGCAUUUAUUCCAGCUGGCUUUGCGAUUUAAAUUGUAUAAAAUACUAUGAUUGGAUAUUAAUUUGGCAGAGUACUUUCUCUUCUCUUCUUUUAGUGCAUUGUUGGCUGCCCACCCCCCACCCGGCAAGACGUCAAUGAUAACUUAAAAGCUCCUUCUAGGCCUCACUCAAAAUGUGUGUAUGCUCUGUGUACCAACAGCUUAGUGGUAAAGCUCAUGUCUUGCACGCAGAAGGCAAUUACAGCUUUGGGUUUUCUUUUUUAGGGAGGUGGGUGAGCAAGAUGCUCUCAGUAGGCUGCACUUAGGAAUGGCUCUCUUACUAGGCAGAGUGAUGCAGCAGAUGCUGAGAGAAGUAGAGACCGGACGGAGGGGCAUGUACCAUGCAGCUUCUUAUAAGGACUGGGUGGCACUGUGGUCUAAACCACUGAGCCUCUUGAACUUGCUGAUCGGAAGGUCGGCAGUUUGAUGGAGUGAGCUACCAUUGCUCUGUACCAGCUUCUGCCAACCUAGCAGUUCAAAAGCAUGCCAGUGCAAGUACAGUGGUACCUUGGGUUACAUACGCUUCAUGUUACAUACGCUUCAGGUUACAGACUCCGCUAGCCCUGAAAUAAUACCUUGGGUUAAGAACUUUGCUUCAGGAUGAGAACAGAAAUCGCGCGGCAGCAGCGGGAGGCCCCAUUAGCUAAAGUGGUGCUUCAGGUUAAGAACAGUUUCAGGUUAAGAACGGACCUCUGGAACGAAUUAAGUACUUAACCCGAGGUACCACUGUAGAUAAAUAGGUAGUGCUGCGGUGGGAAGGUAAACAGCAUUUCCAUGCGCUCUGGCACUUGUCAUGAUGUUCUGUUGUGCCAGAAGCAGUUUAGUCAUGGUGGCCACAUGACCCAGAAAGCUGUCUGUGGACAAACACCGGCUCCCUCAGCCUGAAGCGAGAUGAGCGCCGCACCCCAUAGUUGCCUUUGACUGGUUUAACCAUCCAGGGGUCCUUUACCUUUAUUACCUUCCAUUCAGCCUUCUGUGGGCCUCCUAAGCUAGCCUGCCAUCCUCAAGUGUGAUGGAGGACUCUGCCCUAUUGCCAGUGUUGAAGUAAGAUUCUACUGUCAGUCUAGUCAGCUACUGUAUAUGGAAUGGAGGUGGAAUCAUAUUGCCCUUCUCCCCAGGGAACAAACGUCUUGCCAGCGCCCUUCCCCAUCUCCCUUGGUUCCCUUCUGUAACUACUUUCCACUAUCCCUCUGACCCAAUCUGCAACACUUCCCAGAGGGAGAAAGGAAGGGAAGUAGCAGCUUCCCUUCCUCUUCCAUGCUCUUUUCACUGCUUAGGUAGGUGAAGAGGCAACAAUAGCAGAGGGGAAGCAGGACUCAGGCUCUGGAGGUCAGCAAAGGAACCCCUUCUGUGGUGUGUGACUUGGCAGUGCCAAAUCUUCAUGAUGGACCUGUCAGAACCAAACCCCACCCCUUCCAGCUGAAUCCCUUGAAUCUCCAGUUUCAAAGAUAUUUUCUGCUAGUCAAAGUAGUUAGUACUAGAUUUGACAGUCCAGUCAUUUGGCUCAGCAUAAAGCCGAUUCAUACGGCCAGGUUUGGUUCCUGAUUUUCAAUACUGUGAAGCUAAGUGGUACCUUGGUUGUCGGACUUAAUCCGUUCUAGGAGUCUGUUCGACUCCCAGAACCAUUCGAAAACCAAGGCACAGCUCCCAAUUGGCUGCAGGAGCUUCCUGCACCCAAUUGGAAGCCACGGAAGCCACGUCGGAUGUCCGGCUUCCGAAAAAUAUUCGCAAACUGGAGCAUUCGCUUCUGGGUUUGGGAGCAGAUUUGUUCAGGAGCCAAGCCGUUCAAGAACCAAGGUACCACUGUAUCUUUGAAAGACAUGGGAGAAUCAAGGAACGUGGUGGCUAAUUACACAUCACCAAAAAAGAGGAAAUGAUACACUGUAAAAGAGAGCAAAAGACCAGAUAGGUUUGCAUAAAAGCUGCGUAUGAUAAUUUAUACAUGCAAAUUUCAAAAAAACAACAACCAAUAAUUUAAAUAUAAAUACAGUAGAUCUCACUCUAAUGGGGAUGCCUGAGACCAGGUGAGCUAUGUUCCUGCUCAGUCUGUUGGUGGGCAACUUCAAAUCUGCUUCUCUCCCAUCAUUUUGUUUAUCUUUAAACCAGGUAGCCUUCAAAUAGAAGGUACCUUCAAAUAACGUCCUCUAUGAAGUAGGACACAUGACCAUCCUACUCAAGAACCUGCAUUGUUAGUUGCCCAACACGAUGUCUCAAUUUAAUACAUUGGCAUAGAGAUGGAGGGGUUGAAUGUUUGGAAGGCUUCCCAACCUAUGGUGCGACUUCAUAAGCGGCGUAUCGAUUCAUCAGCUGGUCUAUGUCAAAACUGCAAAGGGAGAAUCAGAUAGCAGAAAGGGCCAUAGCCCAGUGGUGGAGGCGAGCAUCUGCUUUGGUCCCAAAUUCAAUCCAUGGCAUCUCCCAAGAGGACUGAGGAAGACCCUGGAGUGCCAUUGCCAGUCAGGACUGAGCUAGAUGGACCAAUGUUUCUGACUUGGGAUAUGGCAGCACCCUAUGCUCCUAACCCAGUUCUCCAUGGAGGGUGUAUUUGCGUGGAAUGUUAAACCUGCCAUAGAGUUUGUUAGUACAAACUGGGUCCCCACACUCUUCUCCAUUUUCACAGGGCUUGAACAGGGCUCUAGUGCAGUGUUUCUCAACCUGUGGGUGCCCAGAUGUUGUUGGACUACAAUUCCCAUCAUCCCUGACCACUGGUCAUGCUGGCUAGGAAUGAUGGGAGUUGUAGUCCAACAACAUCUGGGGACCCACAGGUUGAGAAACACGGCUCUAGUGGUUUAGGCUACUGCAAUGCGAUGUGCUAAGCAUUUGAGCUCUUGUUGAGGGCAAUAUAUAUUCUGUGUAGCUUGUCUUUAAGGAAGGAAUAUAAGAAAUGGAGAAAAGUAGCUGAGCUUUGUCAAUGGCUUGCCCUUUGCAGAACCAACUGAUGGUUUCAAGAGGUAAAUUGAAUAGCUGUGCCCAAUAAACGUAUGCAAAGAGUGUUUUGUUUUAUUCUGCUUGGUGGCUGGGUCCUACUUAAGCUUCAAGUGUGAGACCAAGGAGCUUAGAGGCCCCUUUAUCUCUACAUUAAACUAUAGGCCACCGGGCUCCACGCAGGGAACUCUGUGGGGGCAGUAGGAUCCCUUUGCCCCUUGCUCUUAUAUAGCAGCCCUGCACUUGAUAAGCUGCUUUUGAAAUUCAGGGGAGUUUCAAAAGCGGAUUAUGUUCAGCCAGCGCAAGAAGCAACUGCGGCCAGAAAGGCUGCAGUCCAGACCACCCUUUUCUCUCCUUACUCUUUGGGCUGUUUCCGAAACAUCUAUUAACCUGUUGCUCUCUUCCUCUUUACAUUUCAGGUUUCCAACGGACAGGCGUUUACUUGGCUAUCGCAGUUGCGCCACAGGUGGGACGAAGAGCAGAGCAAGUGCUUCGUCAACAUUUGUGACGCUCAGUUUCAGUACUUUUACGAAUACCUUGGAAACAGCCCCAGGCUUGUAAUUACGCCACUGACCGACAGGUGAGGACAGUACUGGAACUGGUUGAAGGGAGGCAGUUGUAAGAGAGGUAGGUGGUAGGCCUUCAUGUUCCAUCCUCUUAGAGGUUCUUCGCAAUCUCAUGAUUUGCCAGUGAACAUAUAAGAAUAAAAUAUCGAAAGGUCCAGGACUGUGACGAACAGUGUGGAUAUUCAGAGAGGAGGGCAAUGUUUGCAAUUCCCUUCUUAAAACAGACCAGGGAUGGAGAGCCUGUGGCACUUCAGAUGGUGUUGGACUCCAAUUCCCCCCAGACUCCUUCCCAGCCUGCAUGGCCAAAGGUGAGUUGGGAGUCCAAUGACAUCUAGAGAGCUUCCCCGUCUCUGAAUUCAGGAGGUUUCCUUGUCUUUUCUUAAUGUUGAUCAUUGGGUCUGAAGAAGCAGUGCUGAAUUGGUCCACAAUAGCUGUGUAUUUCAUUUAAAAAAGGAAAAAGAACAUCCCUUUAUUAUUUUAGCAUGGAAUGAAUGCUUUUUGUCCAGGACAAUGGUCCCUUAGACUUGUUAUCUGGCACUCUGUUUAAAAAGAAAGAAAGCGCCUGUGCAGAACUCUUUUAAACAGUUGCUGAAUAAAAAUCGCUUUCCACUGAACAUAAUCAUCUUGUUGUGGUGCAAUGCAUAAUAACAGUUGCAGGGAGAAAAUCUGCAGCAAUUUUGAAUAUUCUUUCCGCCGAAAUUGUUUAUCCACAUUGCCAGAGCCUUUAAGGAAGUACUGAUGUUUUCUGCAUUGUUGGGAGCAGCUGUCUCUGUCUCCUCCUGUGGCUGUCUGCCUGCUAACUAGGCAGAUGGCAGACAGUAGCUGAGGUGUGUCUGCUAUAUACAGGACUAACUUUCCUGGCUAGCAGAAAGCACAGCUGCCAUGCUAUUAUGAUGGUGAUGAUGAUCCUUCUGUAUUUUGAGACAUGGGAAGCCUUGUGUGGAGCCAUGUACUUUGAAGGGGUGAUUAGGGUUUCUUUUUCAAUGCACCGAGUAAGCACUUAAAUAAUCAAGCUGCCAAGUGGCAUGAAAAUAUGGAAAAUUCCUAUUAAUUUACCAUUUUGUGUAAGGAUCAGGCAAGGAAAUAAGCUUCUAAGAAGUGAAUGAGAUUUGUUUGCCACAGGCAUCGGCAUCUUUUGUACUCGGGAUACACAUAUGCACAGAAACACAAAGCAGAGCACAGCCUAGGUGCUCUAAACAGGCAUGGUUGGCCCGCCUAGCGUCAAAAAUCAUAUUUCUUUUCUGGCGUCUUUUCUGCAGAAGAUGAAGGGAGGCCGGGAAUAGUGAGAUCAGGGCAUAAAGAUUAGCUCCAGGAAAGAUUUUUUAAAAAAUAAAAAAGUCAAGACAGGAGAAAGUUUUGACAACAUCUCCAAAAGACAGGAUAUUUUCCAAAGCUGUGUUAUCUGAUGCAUGACACCAAUAAGAAAAAGCUGAUUCUCACAACCUUCAUAAGGAUCAUUUUACAUGGGGGAUAGCUUACACUUUGUUGUUGUUUAGUCGUUUAGUCGUGUCCGACUCUUCGUGACCCCAUGGACCAGAGCACGCCAGGCACUCCUGUCUUCCACUGCCUCCCGCAGUUUGGUCAAACUUUGUCUUUACCAGGCUUGUAAAAGCCUCAUCGUGAUGCAUGCCUCCGACAUACCAUGUAGUAUGUGGCACUUGUUUUUCUGCCUGGCAUUGAGAAUUUCCAUGCCAUUUUGCUACCUACAUUUUGCUGAUCUGGAAAUGUUCCAGGAAGAAUGGCAUAUUGAGCCAUUGUGGUGGUGUGUGAAAGGGAGACGAUACAGAUAAAGAUAAUGGCUUUGGAUGCUAAGUUGCCAUGAGUGGAGCUCUGCUCAUGAGAUGCUCCAGAAGGAAGGAAGGGGUGGGAGGCAGGCAGGUAAUUUCUGCCAGUUUCUCCAGCAGCCCUCUCUUGUCUCCUGAAAAUCUGCUCCACUGGAAGAAUGUGGGAGGUGGUGAGAAAAUUAGAGAAAAAUUGAGCCAGCAGUGAAUGGAAUGUGUGUUUCCUUUGUGAUCUUUAUGAAGGUUGUGGAAGGGCAACAUAGGGUCUAAGCCACAGAAUAGACCAAUCUUUGAUAGGGUUGCAUAUGGGAACAAGAUUUUAUGGGUACUUUGGGUACCUGUUUUGAUAACAGUUGGAUGGUGCUGAAGCUUAGUGAAGAUGAUGUCCACACCUGUUUUCUAGGUGUUGAUUUAUUAGGAGACUCAGAUCCUGUCAUAAUUAUCUAAACCAGACACAACCAUAGAUGGCUAGAUUUCAGGCCAUGAAAAUGAAAAUCUUGUGUGUGGUUUCUAAAGACAAGUAAACUGCUGGAACUGAGAAUAAGAUCAAGAGGACUGCGAGGCAUUUUUUAUUUUAUAUUUUUGCUGUCCAGACUUUCCUAAUUCUUUUUUUCUGCCUUCAUUUAAAAGAAGGUAGGAUUUCUGAAAAAUAUAAUAAAGGGCAGGUUGUGUUGAUGAAGUGAAGAUCAAGCUACCACAAAGAUAAUCACUGAUUAAAUGUUUUCCCUUCAUUUGCUCUGUCUCCAAGCAAACCCAUUUUCCAUGUCAGGAAACGAUCCCCAUUAGUGCUCAAGUUUGAAUGUAUUGUUCCAUAAUCAUUUUCAGAUUACUCUUCCCUUCAGACUUGGCUGAGUGAAUAUACAGGACUGAGCUCUUAAUAAAUAAGCAUCUCAAUGGCCAUUAUAGGCUUUGAAAUACCAAACGCAAGAACAUGUGGCAUGAUUCACCGAGUCUUAAAUGGAUCUCUACAGGUGUUGUUUGUUGUUGUUUAGUCGUUUAGUCGUGUCUGACUCAUCAUGACCCCAUGGACCAGAGCACGCCAGGCACUUCUGUCUUCCACUGCCUCCCACAGUUUGGUCAAACUCAUGCUGGUAGCUUUGAGAACACUGUCCAACCAUCUCGUCCUCUGUCGUCCCCUUCUCCUUGUGCCCUCAAUCUUUCCCAACAUCAGGGUCUUUUCCAGGGAGACUUCUCGAUCUGUCCUUCCAGUCAGCACUCAGGGCUGAUUUCCUUCAGAAUGGAUAGGUUUGAUCUUCUUGCAGUCCAUGGGACUCUCAAGAAUCUCCUCCAACACCGUAAUUCAAAAGCAUCAAUUCUUUAGCAGUCAGCCUUCUUUAUGGUCCAGCUCUCACUUCCAUACAUCACUACUGGGAAAAACAUAGCUUUAACUAUACUCUCUACAGGUAGAUGCUUAAAAAAACCACACAACUACAGAAAUUUCAAAUUGAACUGUGGUCUUGGAUUAUUGUGGCCAAGCGUCCAUUUAACAGAAGCACCUCUUUCAGUCACCUAAAGGAAUUUGCCAUGGUGUUGACUUAGAAGUAGAUAAAGUUGCUAUCCUGACCUCAAUGCAAUCAGUGGCCACAUCCAAGGGCCAAGCUUUUCUCCUUCAGAUUAUAACUGUUUUAACUGGACUGUCUUAGUAGAAAUUCAUUCAUCAGCAAGCUUUUAAUUUUCAUAGGCUGUUUAUUUAGGCUAACCCAGUUCACCAAAUGCUCUCGGACACAAAGGAAUUAGUUGGAGAUAAUGUUAAGAACAACAUCUGUGUUGUUCACGUAUGCUGGGGAAUAUUAUCUCCCUGCUAAGCUAGAUGUUUCUGAUUUCUGUGCUUUGUACAAGUUUCACAGAGCUCUUAUUUUGACAGGUAACAGGAGACAAAGCAACAGGAAAGUACUCUCUUAACUACCAGCAUUUAGUGUGGUGAAUUUUCUACCUACUCCAUGGCCCUUCUCAUACUACUCCUGACUAUAGGCAGAAAAGUUACAUUUCCAUAAUUGCUAGAAAAACUCUCUUGUUCUCUGCAGUAAAAAUGCAUAAAAUAGAUAAUGUCCCAUGCUUCUUUCAAAGUUGUGCAUUGGGAGAAACUUUUUCCCAUUCUUUAUAAUAUGUUAAGGCAUUUCCUAUGGCCUCUAAGAGAAAGGUAUCAGGGUGUGUGGGUUUUAAACAAUGAAGUUAUCCACCUAGCUGUAACUGAAUCCCUCACCUAUCCUUCCCCGUCUGUGUGUGUGUGUGUGAAACUUUAAAAGUUUUGAAAAGAACAAUAACAUUCUUGUACAUGACAGAAACAGCUGGUUAAAAAAAAGAUAGGAAAGGCCGGCCACUUAGAUUUCACCAGAUGGGCAGAGAAUGACAUGAUCAAUUAGAUCUUAGUAAAGGCAUAGGAUCAAUGUGCUGGAGGAGGGCAUGCAAGAACAAACAAAGGAGGGCACCUUGUGGAGUUUAAGGAAAAAAAGUAGAGCAUUGUGAUCAGGAAAGGACAAAGGAAAUAGCCCACUCCUUCAGAAGCCAAUGGAGGCAGACCUACUUGCAAAGUACAAGGAGAACAGGUAUACAGUAAUAAUAAGAAGUACUGUAGGGUUAGAGGAUCAUGUGGAGAUGGUCACAGAAAAAAGCAAAAGUAUGGUAGCGCUACGGGGAAAGGUUUUAUGGAAGUCAAAGAUAUCAGAGAGCACACAAAAGACAAUCACAAAGGUGAAGGAGAUGAAGAUCAAGGGCGGAGAAGAAGACUAAUGAGGAAGAAGAGGAUUCAGAGAAAGCUGGAGGACCUGGUGGGGUCUUCUAGAAUGAGAGAUGAAAGACCACAGGGCGGUAAAUAGGAGAAGAUAUUUCUUCAAGCUAGCGAACAAUGUCAGUGGCAGGAAUCCUAGAAAGCUGUCUCAACCGAGGCUGAAUAAAUGGUGGAAGGGGAAAGGCCAAGACGGGGCCUUGGGAAGAGUAAAUGUCACCAAAAGUUCAUACACGACACUUUUAGUUUGGAAAGAGGAAUCAAGGCGGAAACAUUAGGGGGGGAAAGCUUGACAAACUUAUCGGUAAAUGUUUAGCAGUGUAGUACUGCACAGUGAGUAGAAUUAAUGCUACUGGGACUUGCUUAGGCCAAUGGCUUCCUCCUACGGAUGAAGAGUUUGAGGAGAAAUUGUUGUAAAUAAUGAUAUUGUUUUGUGCCCUUCUACCCAUGCUUAUCCUGCUGGAUUCCAACUAGAGAUUGAGGCUAGCACUAAUCAACAUGGAAAUCUGCACAGAUAAAGUUAUUUUUUAUAUGGUUAGUUUUGCUGUUGUGGAUUAGUGAGUCAACAGAUGAUUUCUGUGCCAGUUUUAAAACUUUUCUAUUCCACGAAGUCUAUGCAGGCAAUUAAGAAUAUACCCUUCCACAGUUGUUAAUUGAUGUCUGCUUUUAUCGUUUAUUUUAUUAUUUUUAUUUAUGGUUUUAUGGUUUUAUUGCUAUAAACCGCUUUGAUUUUUUUAAAUCACAUGGCAGUAUGCAAAUCUCUUUUUAAAUAAAUAAAUACAGUGGUACCUCGGGUUAAGUACUUAAUUUGUUCCGGAGGUCCAUUCUUAACCUGAAACUGUUCUUAACCUGAAGACCACUUUAGCUAAUGGGGCCUCCUGCUGCCGCCGUGCCUCCACCGCCCAAUUUCUGUUCUCAUCCUGAAGCAAAGUUCUUAACCCGAGGUACUAUUUCUGGGUUAGCGGAGUCUGUAACCAGAAGCGUAUGUAACCUGAAGCAUAUGUAACCCGAGGUACCUCUGUACAUAAAUCACCUUGGGGGGAAAUAUAAUAAAAUUGUUCUAUUGCUUUAUACCUUGUAUGAGUUUCUACACAAUUAAUAGAAGUCCCUUUGGUGAUCAACUCUGUCUGGUGGAACUGAACAUACUUGGUGGGAGAGUUCCAUAGAAAACCCUAGCAAUAUGUUGCUCCUUCUGGGCCCCUGGCCAGCUGUUUGGGCUAGCUAUGAUAAACAUGGAUUUCACCACAAUCACCUUUUGGAUUAUGUGUGUGAGGCACUCUGAGUUGGCUUAUCUGACACUGAAAAAUCCCUCCAUCUAGAAGCACAGUGAAUAUUAGUAAAACAAGGAAUAGUAAUAAUAAAUUGGGAGGUGCACAUAUAGUAAUUUGCUAGCGAUAAAACAGUCUACUAGUUGUUCCCUGACUGUCCCAUCCUUUCAAGGUGCUACUGUUGUUUCUGGAUCUGGGCUUUUAUCAUUUGCAGCUGCUGCUACACAGUGACCUCUCCAUUUGCUUCUUGGUGUUACCUCUGAUUGGAAUGCACUCUUAUAUUACUGUCCAUAAUAACUAUGAAGAUGUCAAUUUAAAAUACCCAGUAUUGUGAUUCUUUUCCACCUGAGACCUUACCAACAAGGGCCUUAGUGAUAACACAACAACUCUAGGCUUGUGAGGAGGACCAGGUGAAAGUUGGCAUAGGGUAAUGUGAGGAGAUAAUACAGUGGUACCUCGGUUUAAGAACAGCCCUGUUUACGAACUAUUUGGUUUACGAACUCUGCAAAACUGGAAGUAGUGUCCCGGUUUGCGAACUUUACAUCGGUCUAAGAACAGAAGCCGAAUGGUGGAAGUUUCCUGCUUGGCAGGGGGUUGGACUCGAUGGCCCUUGUGGUCUCUUCCAACUCUAUGAUUCUAUGAUUCUAUGAUUCUAAGGGCACCGGCGGCAGGAGGCCUCAUUAGGGAAAGCAUGCCUCGGUUUAAGAACGGUUUCAGUUUAAGAACGUAAGCGCAGAAUAGAUUAAGUUCUUAAACUGAGGUACCACUGUACUGGGAUCUAGGUUAGCGGAUACUAAUGAGAGUGGGUUGGAAGAGCCUCAGUUUCUCAAGAUGUGACUAAAUGGGCUACUGGAUUUCAAAAUUCGCAUAACAUACAAAUAAGUGCUGAUUGUACAAAUGAAUUGACAGACUUCAUUUAUUCCAUGUUUACCAGGUGACUUAUACUACAUGCUAAGCGCUGCAAGUUGUAGAGAAAGAGGAACAGAGACGUUUAACGUACUAAACAUGUGGAGUCUAGUAGACUCCUGCCUUCCCUUGCAUUGGCUUCCUGGAGGAGUGGUGGUAGUAAGGUCCUCAGGGUCCUCAUAGGUUGAGCUAAACUGUUAGGUUUUGAAGAGUAAUGUCAGUUCAGAAGUCCAGUCCAAUCCAAAGUGAGUCAUCACUGAACAGAACCCUGGAGAGCUCCCUGUAGCCAGGGUUGGCAAGAAUGAUACAAUAUGGUAGUUACUUUACUAUGGCCUAAUAAUAUUCAGGCACUCUUUAUUCCUGCUCAUCUGCAUUGUUGGCUAGAUUUUAAUGUGAUUCUUCUGCAGCCUUUUCUGAUGUACAGAAAUAUGACUGGGCUCAGACGGCACUUUAUUUGAUCUCCACGACAUUCGCUUAGUUGUUCAUUGCAUUUUAUGUGAUCUUUCACACAGCAUAAAAACCACUUCUAGAAAUCUAUUGGAAUCUAGAAAGAGAUUAGUGCUCCUUUCCAUGUUAAUUGUUUCCAGUGGGGGGAAAAGAAACUUUGUUUGCAAUUUCCCCAACUCGGUAAAUCCUGGGAGUUUUGAAUUGAAGAAAUUGGUGGCAAUAUACCAGCAUAUAGUUCUUUCCUGCAAUUUAAAAUGUAUUGUGACAUGGCAGUAUACCGGUAUAUUGAUUAAAAGGCCCACAGCGAUGCAGUAUACCUGAAGGAGCGUCUCCAUCCCCAUCGUUCUGCCCGGACUCUGAGGUCCAGCACCGAGGGCCUUCUGGCGGUUUCCUCACUGAGAGAAGCGAAGCUACAGGGAACCAGGCAGAGGGCCUUCUCAGUAGUGGCACCCGCCCUGUGGAACGCCCUCCCAUCAGAUGUCAAAGAGAUAAACAACUACCUGACAUUUAGAAGACAUCUGAAGGCAGCCCUGUUCAGGGAAGUUUUUAAUGUGUGACAUUUUAAUGUAUUUUUAAUCUUUGUUGGAGCUGCCCAGAGUGGCUGGGGAAACUCAGCCAGAUGGGCGGGGUACAAAUAAUAAACUACUACUACUACUACUACUACUACUACUACUGUUAUAAAAAGGAACAUUAAAAAUCAGGUUAGAAGUGCUAGCAUUAUAGCCAGUAAAACAAAUGCAAGAAACCCCAUGUCAGAAUGCAACUUAUGCUUCUGUUUCUACAGAUGCUAUAUUACACUGACACAGUCUCUUCACUUGAACAUGAGUGGCGCACUGUCAGGCCCUGCAGGAACAGGAAAAACAGAAACCACCAAGGACUUAGGCCGUUCUCUUGGGAUGAUGGUCUAUGUUUUCAACUGCUCUGAACAAAUGGAUUAUAAGGUACUGGUUUUUGUUUAAAAUAUUUACUGCCUAAAAAAUUAUUCUUGUCAAGAGCAGAUUAACAAACUGGAUGAUGACUAGCAUCUGUAAAUAGUCUUGGAAUGACGAAAUAUGACAUGUGCAAAUAAAAAGUGUUAAUAUUUAUUAAUGCAUUUAUUUUGCGUGUGUGAGGGAAGGUUUCAAUGAGUUGUAUCUAAUGCUAGUUCUAGUUAGAGUAGACCCAUUGAAAAUAACUGACCUAAGUUAGUUGUGUGUUUUACAGUGGUACCUCCAGUUACGAACUUAAUUCAUUCCGGAGGUCCGUUCUUAACCUGAAACUGUUCUUAACUAGAGGCGUGCUUUUGCUAAUGGAGCCUCUUGCUGCUGCUGCGCCGCCGGCACAUGAUUUCCAUUCUCAUCCUGGGGCAAAGUUCUCAGCUUGAGGUAACUCUUCCAGGUUAGCGGAGUGUGUAACCUGAAGCGUUUGUAACCUGAGGCAUUUGUAAUUCGAGGUACCACUGUAAUUUCAAUUGGUCUACUUUGAGUUGGACUAUCAAUGGAUGCAACCCAGAGAGUGCUAAGAAGAAGAAAAAAGCAAAAAUAUAAUUAUGAAUUCUUCAAGUCAAGGGCUACUGUUAUGAACACCUUUAAUUAAGGAUUAAAAAGACACUCAGAUCAAAUGGUCACCCGUUUACAUGGUGAUAUGAUGGAUGAGCACCUCUUAUCAAUACAAUUUGCUUGCAGGCAUGGAAGGGACUGUCACAUGUAUAGUUGACACAGUUGACAUUUCAGAUAACUGGCUAAUUCUUCCAUUAUUAUUAUUUUUUACUGAGGUUAACUACAUCAGAAGAUAAGAUUCAACUGCACAUGUGUGCUGUCCUAUCUUGUGUUCCAAAGGGCAGCACUGCAUAUAGGACAUGCAAGAAGUUCAGCCUUGGGUUUAUGUGCCAGGGUUUUUUUUAAGGUGUGCAUAUUUGGCUGCCAUGGGGGCUGUCCAGUAGCCUGCCAUCCCAGAACGAGGCAUUAAUAAUAAAAUACACGCUAUUCUAAUAUUACAACAUUUGUGAGGUCCGGAUUUUAACUGCUAGUGCACCGUUCUAAUAAAUGAAACAUGCUCUCUGCUAUAGCUGUGUGAAAUGAUGCCAUAAUAACUUUUGCUGGAAUAACAUUAACCAGAAUAAUAUCAUGAACCAUAUUCAAAUUUGUGGAGUAAUGGUGUUAUAAGUAUUCUGAUAGCUCAAGUAGCAUUCAUUGAAAUAGUGCUUUAAAAAAAUUAAAUUGGUGCAGCAUCAUACAUGUGCGAAAUAACUCAGUGAAGCAACCCAGCACAUAGGACUGAUGUGCAGAUACAUACAUUAAAGUGAUUUGAAUGUGAUGAUAAUAGAGAUCAUAUGAGUAUGAAAAUUAAAUAGGUAGACCCCUGGUCUUGUUAAUUGAAUUCUGUUAAUUAAUUCCAAAAAUUUACAAAGCAUGAAAACAUUUGCAUCUAGCUUUGUUAAUAGAGUGGUAAAUAGUAAUGGAGAAUUGAGGGAAAUCAUUUUCCUUCCAUGAGCCUUGAGAAACUGAGAUGGGCAGCGGUACCUGUGCUUGGAGAGAUUUUCUGGCCUGUAGAUCAGCCCACAGAUAACCAAGAGCCUAAUAGAUGUUACUGCAAAUUGUCAUCUUUGGAGUCCAGUCCUUAUUGAAAACAGGGUUGGGAAACUUUUGGAGUAGUUUUGUGAAUCCACCACCAAUGGUAGCCUCCAUUGAGCAGAGUUCUGGUCAGAAAACCUUCAGAAAGCAGAAGGGGCCAGCGGCAGGGAGAAGCAAUUUCAUCGUAUUUCUCCAUCACCCUUCAGCAUCUGAAAAUCUGCUGUGGUGGUUUGAGGGAGACACCUGGAAGCAGUGGAGGGCUGCUGGGUUAAUGCGUGGCUGGUGAUGGAAAUCACUUCCUCCCUCCCUCCCUUUUGCAAGUUUGUCUUCUUCUUUGGUGAUCACUUGUAGCCCAGUAAGAUUGUCUUCUAUAAACAUGGUUUUAACAGUGAGUCCAUAAGUGACUGUGGAGGCCAAUUCUGGAUCCACACGUCCACAGUGGGGACAUUGGUUUGCAGGUGGGAGUUGAUCAUGAUGUGGAUUUGCCAAGCAUGCCUUCCUCUUAGCACGUUUCUCCCUUGCGUCCUGAGUUUGAGUAUCUUCAAAGUCCAUGACACUUUUGGUAAAGGCUGUUCUCCAAUUAGUGCACUUGCAGGCAAGUGUUUCCCAAUUGUUGGUGUUUAUACUACAUUUUUAAAGAUUUGCCUUGAGACAGUCUUUAAACCUCUUUUGUUGACCACCAGCAUUACGCUUUCCAUUUUUAAGUUUGGAAUAGAGUAGUUGCUUUGGAAGAUGAUAAUCAGGCAUCCGCACAACAUGACCAGUCCGACAAAGCUUGUAUCCUUCCACUUGAUCAAAAGCCUUCUGUAGGUAGAAUUAGCCCUUCCAUUCACAGAUGCCUACAUUUGGAUCCGAACCAACACGCUGGAAUAUGCACUAGCUAGAGGCCUCACCCAAAGUAAGCUCACUGUUAGUGUGAAGAAGACAAGUCUUCCAUUAGAGUUCAUUCCAGCUCAUCUUGGACUUGCACAGACAAUAAAGAACAAAGCACCUGUGCAGGCUUUCACACUAGAGAGUAUCCUGCUCUGUGUUGUGCCUUUCUUCAGUUAAGUGCCUGUGCCCUCUCCCUCAGUGGCAAGCUCCCUUCACCGCACAGCACAUUUGUAUAGGCUUGGGUGUGGUGUUUAUUCAGUAAAGAGAACAUACAGUGGUACCUUGAUUCCCAAACUUAAUCCAUUCCGGAAGUCCGUUCCAAAACCAAAGCUUUAUAAAACCAAGGCGUGCUUUCCCAUAGAAAGUAAUCCAAAAUGGAUCAAUCCGUUCCAGACUUUUAAAAACAACCCCUAAAACAGCAAUUUAACAUGAAUUUUACUAUCUAAAGAGACCAUUGAUCCAUAAAAUGAAAGCAAUAAGCAAAGUGCUGUACUAUAAAAUAAGACAGUAUUGUAGAUGAUAAAAAUUAAAAUAAUUUUUUUUCUUGCUUGCAUUGACGAUAGUCAUUGUUUGGAUGGGGGGGGGGGCUUUUAUCCAUUUCUGCAGUCACACAAUCAAUCAAUCUAUCAGUAGCUGAACUGGGUUCCACACAGUCACAAAAGCAAGUCACAAAAACAAGGUCACAAGUCAGUCGCAUAAAAUGAAGAACAAGUCACAGUCAAAAAAACGAAAAGGCCACACAAACAAAAACACAAAAAAGGGCAAAAACAAUAGCUCUGUGUUGUGUGGGUGCUUGGGACUCAACAGCUGACAGACUCAACAGGAAGCCUCUGAUCAGCAGCGGGGGACUCAAUUUACAAAUGGAACACACUCAACAGGAAGUGGAACAUGUUCCGCUUCCAAGGCAAAGUUCACAAACCGGAACACCUACUUCCGGGUUUGCAGUGUUCUGUUUCCAAGUUGUUUAUAAACUAAGCUGUCUAAAAUCAAUGUAUCACUGUAUUAGAAAAGCUGGCCCCCUGCAGAUCAGUGGCUCAAGUGGACUUGCAUAUAUAUAUAUACACACACACACACACACACACACACACACAAAAUAUGUGAUACAACAUUGAGAAUUCAGCCAGGAACAUUUGUUAUGAAAGGAUAGUAUGUUGUUAGAUGUAGCCCUGUCUUUUACUUUUCCAAAUUCCUUAAUUCAGAAUGCAUCUGCUGGUGAACUCAUCUAUUACUGGCAGUGGCAUGAAAGCUGCUUCCAACAGAAUCCAGAAACACCCGUUUGUUUAUAAGACACACCUCAGCACAAAGUUCCAGGGCAGCUUACAGUUAAAAACUUUUGGGUGCAGGAAGAAUGUGGGAAGGGACCUAUAUAUCUGUAUUGUUUUUCUUUACCAAAUUCAUUAAUUCAAAGCUAGUGUGACUGUAGUUAUGUGGUGAGGAGCUAUUCACAACACACAGUUCCUGCAUCUGGGCAUUUUCAUUACAGAAAGGAAGGAAGGUGAAGAGAGAUGGCUAAUUUUGAAUUCAUUUCUUUUUAGUCAGCAUUGUUGAUUAGAUUAUGUAUAUCAAGUGAUGGUGUUCCUUUUAUAUCAUUCUUUUACAAGGCUACAUCCUUAGGAAAAUGUAAAAUGCUGCCUUGGGAUUUCCAGUGAAAGAACGAACCUCGCCUUUAGCCUUUUGUUUAUUUAUUUGUGGCAUUUAUAGCUUGCCCUUCACGAAAGAUUUUUAAAAUAAUGAACAAAGGCAGUUGUUUUUAAGCUUGCUUCGGCAUCAAAAACUCUCUUCAGUAAUUUUGGCUUAGCUUUCAGCCACUGAUUUUUAUUUUUAUUUCCCCCCUCCUGUCUGCCAUCUCUUCAUUAUUAGUCAAUUGGAAAUAUCUACAAAGGUUUGUGCCAAACUGGCGUGUGGGGGUGUUUUGAUGAGUUCAACCGCAUUUCUGUGGAGGUGCUGUCUGUCGUUGCUGUUCAGGUUAAGACUAUUCAGGAUGCCAUCCGUCACAAGAAGAAAAGGUAGGCUGAGAAUAAGACUCCCCCUUUCCCCACUCCCAAUAUUUAAUUAUUUAUUUUCCACCCAUUAUUAACGUAUGAGGCUUGUAACAGUGUCACUCACACACUUCCGCAGAUUCAAUUUUUUAGGUGAGAAUAUUGAAUUGAAAGCAACCGUGGGGAUCUUCAUAACUCUAAAUCCAGGUUAUGCAGGAAGAACAGAACUUCCAGAAAACCUUAAAGCUCUUUUCCGGUAAGUAUAUAAUGACCUAGGAAUAUGCAUUGUGUUGGGUACAAAAAAGGAACCUCAGAACAAAGUUUGCUGCUAAUGCGCUUGCAUAACCAUUGUGCAAUAAGGUCUGUUCUUGGACAAGACAUUCCACAACCUCUUUACACAAUCUAGGCUGUGAUGUUUUGGAAUCUGGUCCAGUGGACAAACCAGCUUCUGGUUUAGUGGCUCCUGGCCACCAGGAUCAGGGUCAUGACCCCGGUCUGGAUCCUCAGCUGGUGACUCUACGGCCUCUGACUGGCUGUUCUGGUCAGGGCUAGACUAUGGGGUCAUGACAAAGCCCUUCUAUCAGCACAGGUUACUUGCUUUGUGCAGAAAAGGAAUGCUGAAUCCAACUCAUUUAUUUUACAUCUUUUAUUUCUGAUGUUUAAAAUUUGUUUUUAAAUGAAUCAGUCCGUUUCUGGUCCAUGUUUUACAUGUGUUCUUCUAUAUGCUAAGAGGAAGGCACGUUUGGCAAACCCUCACCGUGAUCAACUCCCACCCGGAAACCUAUGUCCCCACUGUGGAAGGACAUGCGGAUCCAGAAUUGGCCUCCACAGUCAUUUAUGGACUCACUGUUAGGACCGUGUUCAUGGAAAACAAUCUUACUUGGUUACGAAUAAUUGCCAAAGAAGAAGAUCCAUUCAAUUUUAUUUCCAUUUCAUUCCAUAAACUUUUAUCUUAAAAAUCCAUAUAAAAAUGCAUGUUCAGUAGAUGUAAGGAAUAGGUUUGUGUCUGCAGGAGACUGGCUGAGGUAGAGAAGCAAAAGAAUGGAUUCCCCCACUGGAUCCCAUCCUGGAAGAUCCAAGGUUUGGACUGUGCAGUAAUUUGUGACCUGUAUUGUAAAUUUUCCACAGUUUAAUGCAUUAUAUUAAUUUUCACAGGCCCUGUGCAAUGGUGAUUCCAGACUUCGAACUUAUUUGUGAAAUAAUGCUGGUGGCGGAAGGAUUUGUGGAUGCCCGAUUGCUUUCUAGAAAGUUCAUUUGCCUCUACAAACUUUGCCAUGAACUUCUUUCAAAACAGGUAGCUGAAGUUCAGUCUGAAUUUGCUAGUAACUGAAUACCUUUAUAUAUAAAACAAAUACCUUAUGGAUUUAUUUAAACCAUUUAGAUCUAUCUAAACCAUUAAACUACAACACAGUUUAAAACAACAAUGUCUGAAAAAGUAAUACGUUAGGGUUGUAUCCAGCUAAAUUUUACUCAAGAGUAGACACAUGAAAUUAAUGGCCAUAGCUAAUUUAGGACGAGAUGGACGAGAUGGUUGGACAGUGUUGGGACGCGGGUGGCCCUGUGGGUUAAACCACAGAGCCUAGAACUUGCCAAUCAGAAGGUCAGCAGUUUGAAUCCCCGCGACGGGGUAAGCUCCCGUUGCUCGGUCCCUGCUCCUGCCAACAUAGCAGUUCGAAAGCACGUCCAAGUGAAAGUAGCUAAAUAGGUACCUCUCCGACGGGAAGGUAAGCAGCAUUUCUGUGCGCUGCUCUGGUUCGCCAGAAGUGUCUUAGUCAUGCUGGCCACAUGACCCGGAAGCUAUACGCCGGCCCCCUUGGCCAAUAAAGCAAGAUGAGCACCAUAACCCCAGAGUCGGUCAUGACUGGACCUAAUGGUCAGGGGUCCCUUUACCUUUACCUUUGCCUUUAUCUUUACCUUUAAUUUAGGAUGAGAUGGUUGGACAGUGUUCUCGAAGCUACUAACAUGAGUUUGACCAAACUGCGGGAGGCAGUGGAAGACAGGAGUGCCUGGCGUGCUCUGGUUCAUGGGGUCAUGAAGAGUCGGACACGACUAAACAACAACAACAACAAUUUAGGUUUAUUAAUUUCAAUGGGUCCACUCAGAGUAAAAGUCAGUUGAAUACAACCCUCAAAUUAUACUAAGAAUACAUGGUAGACAAAGGCUUACAUCCAACAAAGUUACAUAGCUUCAACAAGGACUUCCACUAGUGAAAUGGAACUUCAGCUGCUCCUUUCAGGCCCACCAACAUUUGUUCUGGUUUUCCACCCAAACCUCUGGAGCAGAUUUGGGGGUAAGGUGAGGGAGGGGAAAUUCUACGGCAAAGAUGGAUGUCUAUGUACAAACAGGAGGAUUUUGCAGAUGACACCGAACUGGGAGGGGUAAGUAAUGCCACAGAAUACAGAACUGGGGUUCAAGAUGACCUUAACCUUAACUAGGCCAAAACUAACAAAAUUGAUUUCAGUAAAUGUAAGGUUCUGCACUUAGGCACUUAAGAACCAGCUGCACAAAUCUAAGAUGGGAGACACCUGGCUUGCCAGUAGUCCAUUUGAAAAAGGAUCUAGGGGUCUUAAUCAGAACUGUGAAAUGGGAAAUGCUAAUUCUACAGUUCUUUAGGUAGCUGGAAAAGCAAUGAAUAUCAUUUAUUAAUUUAGAUUAUUAGUUGUUAUUAUUGGCAAUGUAUUAAAAGACAGACCCAUAAUUCUCACACAUUUGUGAAAGUCAGUCUCAAGUAAUUCAGCUUAGCAUUACCUAAAAUUUGAAUAAGCUUUGCCCAGGAACUGGGGGCCACACCAAAAUAAAAUAAAAUUGAAGGACAGCAAGUUAUUUCUUUAUUUUUACAUUUGUGUUGCACUUUUUCACCCUUGAAGGGAACCUCAAGGUUUCUUACACAACAAAACAUUAAAGCAUAAUAGCAACCCUUGACUGUGCAUUUAAGGAUCAUUCUUUGAAUAUCCAUUAAGAAAAACAACAGCUCUUAAAAUACAUUAGGUGCUUCCUAAUUUAAUUAAGUCCAUUAAUUACACAUUCCACACUUCUCAGUGUAACUAAAAAUUAAUUCAUUUCUGUGAAAGAUGGGCAGGAUUUCACUAGCCUACUUCAGACUUAACAUGACUACAUGGGCAGCUCCAAAAACAGGGCAUCAGUGGGCCAGGGAAAACAUUCUCUCCAACAUUUCAGGAGGGAAAAUCAGGACAAUGGAAGAAAAGGGUUUGUAAGUAUUUUUAAACCAGGGGAUUGUAGUCCAAUGCCAAAAAUAUCUUCUACAUCAGAAUGUGAUUAUUUAUAAAUUACAGUUUCUGCCCACACACGUUGAGUUGUCUAAUUUUUGACUAACCAUUGAGAACUGCAUCAGACAUGCUUAAUCAUGCCUCUUUUGUAUUUUUACACUUUGCUCGUGCAACACGCCUCCAUGGUGAAUCUGUGGAAAUGUUAAGCUAACAAUAGCAUCUGGGGAACGGGCAGGGUUUUCACUUUUACUUUUUUACACAUUAGUUGUCUUAGCACUCUAAAAUGAUUAUGUGGCAAUGCAUAAAAGAUCAUCGUAAUCCUUAGUAUAGUUGUACCAAGAACUUUGCUUUCAUUAUUUAAUUAAGCAAUAGGACACGAUGCUGAUUGGCUAAUUAAGUCUCUUACUGGAUCAUUCUAGGAAGCAUAGGAGCCAACUCCUAGGGGCUGACCCAUAAAAUAUUUGAGGGGGCUGCCCCCCCCAAGUUGAUGGGCAUUAGCAAUUAAAUGGUAUGCGUGCACCACAUCAUGUGAUUGGUUAUAUGGGGCGGGGCUUACCUAGGCCACCCAAUUUUAUUCAAGUUGGCACCCCUGCUAGGAAGCAUGAAGACUAGGUCUGAGUGAUAGGUAAAGGUAAAGGUAAAGGGACCCCUGACCAUUAGGUCUAGUCGUGGCCGACUCUGGGGUUGUGGCGCUCAUGUCACUUUAUUGGCCGAGAGAGCUGGUGUACAGCUUCUGGGUCAUGUGGCCAGCAUGACUAAGCCACUUCUGGCGAACCAGAGCAGCGCACGGAAACGUUUACCUUCCUGCCGGAGCGGUACCUAUUUAUCCACUUGUGCUUUGACGUGCUUUCGAACUGCAAGGUUGGCAGGAGCAGGGACCGAACAAUGGGAGCUCACCCCGUUGCGGGGAUUAGAACCACCAACCUUCUGAUCAGCAAGUCCUAGGCUCUGUGGUUUAACCCACAGGGCCACCCACGUCCCCGGUCUGAGUGAUACUAACUAUUAAAUUAGAGUGCAUUUAUAGAAUGGUUGGCCCGCAUAUAUAUUCCCGUAAACUAAGCUUAUGGUAUCCGUAGAAUAAGGGUUAUCAGUGAGCAUGAGGAAGCCUUUAUUCUAAGGCUGCAAUCCUGCAUACACUUGCCUGGUAGUAGAUCUCACUGAAUGGAAUGGGACCUAUUUCUGCGUAGACUUGUGCUGUGAAACAUUCAAAGAUGGUUUCAUAGAUGAUGGGUACUGAUUAUGUUACCCAAAUGAAAAGUCUUGGGCCUACCUACAGUAUGCUACAAACUUACAUUGAUCUCGUCUCACUUUAACAGUUAUGUUAUAUAAUUUCAGUUGUGUGAGGAUGCUGAGAAUUCUGCUUUAAAGACCCCUACCCCAUCUCUCUGAACUAUGAUGAGUACCCUGGGAAGAGAAGAUGAGCGUUUAAACACCCAUUGAAGACAGCGCUGUGGACUGUUCCCUUAAAUAGAAUGCACUUAAUUGACUUGUUUAUGCCCUCUUGGAAUCUUAAAAAUUGUUCCCUGGUGAACUGUAGUUUACUGAUCAAAUCCCAGGAUUCUUUGUGUGUGUGUGCGCUUUAAAGGUCUGGUGUAUGAGGUCAAAGAAGCUAUGCAAACUGUAGGAAAAAGAGACAUUUACUGAUGGUUUUUUUCUCGUCUGUAGGAUCAUUAUGACUGGGGUCUUAGAGCUAUAAAAUCCGUUUUAGUUGUGGCUGGAUCACUGAAACGAGAAGACCAAAGCAAACCUGAAGACCAGGUUACCCUUUGCCUUAUUUUCAUCUUGAUUCACUUGAUAAGGUUUAAGAAAGAUUAAUUCUCCAAGAACUGUUGAUUUCAUCAGUUACUGAGUCAUUUUAAUCAAAUUUAAUAUAAUCUCAUAUUUUAGUAUAAUCUCAUGGGGGGGUGUCUCUCCCCCCCCCCCGCAUUUUGCCCAGUGGCACCUGCCCUGUGGAACGCCCUACCAUCUGAUAUCAAAGAAAUAAACAACUAUCUGACUUUUAGAAGACUUCUGAAGGCAGCCCUGUUUAGGGAAGCUUUUAAUGUUUGAUGAAUUAUUGUAUUUUAAUAUUCUGCAGGAAGCCGCCCAGAGUGGCUGGGGAACAAAUAAAUUAUUAUUAUUAUUAUUAUUAUUAUUAUUAUUAUUGUUAUUAUUAUGUGACCCAUGAGAGCAGCGUUUUGGGUUAAACCACAGAGCCUAGGACUUGCCGAUUAGAAGGUUGGCGGUUUGAAUCCCUGCAAUGGGGUGAGCUCCCGUUGUUUGGUCCCUGCUCCUGCCAACCUAGCAGUUCGAAAGCACGUCAAAGUGCAAGUAGAUAAAUAGGUACCGCUCCAGCGGGAAGGUAAAUGGCGUUUCUGUACACUGCUCUGGUUUGCCAGAAGUGGCUUAGUCAUGCUGGCCACAUGACCUGGAAGCUGUAUGCCGGCUCCCUCGGCCAAUAAAGCGAGACGAGCGCCGCCAUUUAGCAGGGACCGAGCAACGGGAGCUCAUCCUGUCGCAGGGAUUCGAACCGCCGACCUUCUGAUCAGCAAAUCCUAGGCUCUCUGGUUUAACUCACAGCGCCACCCACGUCCCUUGGGCUGUUGCUUAACUGGUGUCUAAAUGGAUGAAAUAUACCUGUGUAUGUUAAUGCAAUGUUGUGGUUAUUACACAAGGCAGAGAAUUUGGCAGACAUCCCCACGAUGUACCUAACCCAUGUCACAAGAAUGCUGGCUUUAGCACACCAUUUUCUCAAUCACAACACUAAAUAAUUGCUCCGUGAUUGAUGGUGGGGAGGGGGAAAUGUUGUAGCACUGAAUUUACAGGAUCCAGUCUUAUGUCACCGCAGGUAGCAGAUUGAGUUUAACAAGCCAUAUGGGUUGUAAUUGUUUAAGUAUGAUUAAUUCAUAAUGUUUGUUAAUUUUAUGCCUUAUAUUAUGGUUUGUUAUUAUUUCAUUUAAUUAUAGUGUCAUGUUGGUUUUUCUGAAGGUUUUGAUGAGAGCCCUCAGGGAUUUUAAUCUUCCGAAGGUAGUCACUAACGAUGCCCCUAUAUUCCUGGGCCUGAUCAACGACUUGUUUCCAUUGCUGGAAGUUCCACGGAAAAGGGAUCUGAAGUUGGAACAGCUGGUGCGCCAGUCCAUUGCAGAACUCCAUCUGCAGCCCGAGGAAAACUUUAUCCUGAAGGUGGAAAUAAUGGCUUUCUGCUUAGCUUGUUGAACAUUCUAAAUGGGGUGAUUGAAUGCUAUAAUGAUCACUGUUGUUUGAUGCCUGUAGGUUCCAACAUCUGGCUGCGACUAUUACAAGGUUCAGCAGUAAGCGAAAGCACUGGGCUUCCUGUUUCCUUGUUAGAAGCGGCCACAAUGUUUUUAAUGUCUCCAUUUCAAUAUCAGGAAAUAAUUCCAGUUUGUGGGAAUUAAACCACACUAAUAAUCCCACGGUGUGUAAUGCUCUGCCCAUCUUAGCACCCAUGUCUAGCUUUCGAUGCCCUGGAUUUUAUUUAAACUUAGCUUAAAGGGUUUUUUAAAAUAAAAAACAAAAGACAUUUUAGUCUCUCUUUAGCCUCUGCUAGACAUGAAUCCCGAUCAUCAAUACACACACAAGUUAACAUUAGCUCUAAAUCGGCUUUUGUCCUAAGUAAAGUUCAAGAUGGAAUGAGUAAGGAGACUGGCUUUUCUACCCUUGGGAGGUGAGGAAGGACUGGUCAGGUUCCCGGGGUUACAGAGGAGGGAGGAACAAGUACGCAUUCAUUACUCCUGCUCUCAUCAUUACCUGCCCUUUGAGCAAAUGAUACACUUGAGUCACCAGAGUGAGUGCCCUAUUCCAUCCCCUUAUCACUGUGCUAUAAUUUGAUUUUAAGGAAGCCUGUUUUACUUAAACCUCACUGAAGCAAAGCAAAUAUUGUUCUUUUUGUCCUUUUUAAUAGCUUAGAAAUAUCGAUAGACACCUAGCGUGAGAUUUUUUGGGGGUCACCCUUUCUUCUGUUUGCUUAUAUCAGAUAAUCGUUCACGAUAAGUAUUAUGGACUGUGGUUACAACUUUCCACAUAUGGCUGCAGUCCUAACUGCACUUAAAGGUAAAGGUAAAGGGACCCCUGACAGUUAAAUCCAGUCGCAAACAACUCUGGGGUUUCGGCGCUCAUCUUGCUUUACAGGCUGAGGGAGCCGGUGUUUGCCCGCUUCUGCAGACAGUUUUUCCAGGUCAUGUGGCCAGCAUGACUAAGCCGCUUCUAGCGAAGCCAGAGCAGCGCACAGAAAUGCUGUUUACCUUCCCGCCGGAGCGGUACCUAUUUAUCUACAUGCACUGCAUGCUUUUGAACUGCUAGGUAGGCAGGAGCAGGGACCGAGCAACGGGAGCUCACUUACCUGGGAGUAAAAAGUAAAAAGGUAAAGGACCCCUGGACGCUUAAGUCCAGUCAAAGGCGACUAUGAGGUUGUGGCGCUCAUCUCGCUUUUUAGGCCGAGGGAGCCGGCGUUUGUCCACAGACAGCUUUCCAGGUCAUGUGGCCAGCAGGACUAAACUGCUUCUGACACAAUGAGACGCUGUGAUGGGUCCCAGUGCACACGUCAACACCGUUUACCUUCCCGCUGUAGCGGUACCUAUUUAUCCACUUGCACUGGUGUGCUUUCGAACGGCUUGAGUGGCAGGAGUUGGGACAGAGCAAUGGGAGCUCACCCUGUCGCGGGGAAUCGAACCGCCGACUUGCCAAUCAGCAAGUCCAAGAGGUUCAGUGGUUUAGACCACAGCGCCACCCGCAUCCCUCAUACCUGGGAGCAUGCCCCAUUGAAUUCAGUAGGAUGCGGUUUUGAGUAGGCAUAGUUAGGAUAGUGCUGCGUGCUACUGAGGAAGGUUAAUGACAAAUCUGUGUGCACUCUUACCUGCUUUUCAGUUUAAAAUAAAUUUUAUUUUAUUAUUUGUUUGUUCAAAAGAUCUCAGGGCGGUAAAGGUAAAGGGACCCCUGACCAUUAGGUCCAGUCAUAACCAACUCUGGGGUUGAGGUGUUCAUCUCGCUUUAUUGGCUGAGGGAGCCAGUGGCCAGCAUGACUAAGCUGCUUCUGGCGAACCAGAGCGGCUCACAGAAACGCCGUUUACCUUCCCGCCGGAGCGGUUCCUAAUUAUCUACUUGUACUUUGACGUGCUUUCGAACUGCUAGGUUGGCAGGAGCAGGGACCGAGCAAUGGGAGCUCACCCCGUUGCGGGGAUUCGAACCGCUGACCUUCUGAUUGGCAAGUCCUAGGCUCUGUGGUUUAACCCACAGCGCCACCCGCGUACCCUCUCAGGACAGUACACAUAAUUAAAUACAGGAUAAAAACAAGCAAAUAAGUAAAACGAAACAGCAACACAUUAAUUCCCCCCUCCCCACAGACCCAUUUCCCAAAUUGGUGGCAUUGUUGUCCUUUCCAUGGCCACACUGAGGACCUCUAUGGUGGCAGAGGUCCUCUCCCUGCCCCCCCACUGCUGGUGGAUGGGCCCUGCCUCUGUAUUCUAACAGCCUCCAGCAGCACAAAACAGAGUGCUAGGGUUACUCCCUAAGACAUCAAAACAAACUCAGCCUACAUAAAAGUGUUCUGGACACCGAAUUGAAAUAAAACAAAAUAUCUGGGUAAAUUUGAGGCAUCGUGGUCUGGCAUUUAAAAGCUAUGCCACCUCCAGAUUAAUCUCCUGGGGGAGAGGGCAUUCCAUAAGCAAGACGCCACCAAUUAGUAUCUGCAGCCCAGAUGCAGUAGCAGCAAAAUUAGCAAUAAAUCACGACCCUUUAUGACUCCCAAGUUCCCUAAAAUAGAUUUUCAGAGUUUACCCUUUUAGUCCCUUGUGUCUUCGGCAGGUGCUUGGUGGGAGGAAAGCAUGAGCAAGUGACCUCUGAAGAGCUGUGUUUAAAUUUAGUUUUGUUUUACUGUAAUAGGGAAUGAAAAAUAACAGUUGGUUAGAGCAUGGUGCUGAUCACCCCAAGGUUGCAGGUUUGAUCCCUGUAAGGGACAGCUGCAUAUUCCUGCAUUGCAGGGGGGUUGGACUAGAAGAUCCUCAGGGUCCCUUCCAAAUCUGUGAUUCUAUGAUAUUAAUGACAUUCCUUUCCUUCUAACAAUCUCUUGUUUAUUACGCUGCAAGUGAACUCAAACUACCAAACGACCUUCAAUACUCUCAGCGAGGCUGCAGCCCUGUAUCCAUGUACUCCACAGAACUCAGUAGGACUUAUAUUUUGAGUAGACAUGUGGGUGGCGCUGUGGGUUAAACCACAGAGCCUAGGGCUUGCCGAUCGGAAGGUCGGCGGUUCGAAUCCCUGCGACGGGGUGAGCUCCCGUUGCUUGGUCCCUGCUCCUGCCAACCUAGCAGUUCAAAAGCACGUCAAAGUGCAAGUAGAUAAAUAGGUACCACUCCGGCAGGAAGGUAAAUGACGUUUCCGUGUGCUCCUCUGGUUCGCCAGAAGCGGCUCAGUCAUGCUGGCCACAUGACCUGGAAACUGUACGCCGGCUUCCUCGGCCAAUAAAGCGAGAUGAGCGCCUCAGCCCCAGAGUCGGUCACAACUGGACCUAAUGGUCAGGGGUCCCUUUACCUUUACCUUUACAUGCUGAGACAAUAUAGUGAAACCUAUGUUGCACAUUUAAUUUUUAUGUUGUGAACCGCCCUGUGAUCUUUGGUGGUAUAGAAAUUUAAUUAAUAAUUAUAAUAAUAAUUUAACUAAUAUGUCAGAUGGUUUGGGCUUGUAGAUCAAAGUUGGGCUGGCUUGGUGAGGAACCUGUGGCUCUCCAGAUGUUUUUGGACUACAACUCCCAUCAUCCCUAGCUAGCAGGACCAGUGGUCAGGGAUGAUGGGAACUGUAGUCCAAAAAAUGCUGGAGACCCAAGUUUGUAGAAGACCCUGAUGUAGAAGGUCACAGGUUAACCACCCAACAUAACCCCUUAUACCACUUGUGUCUAAUCUCAAUGUAAUAUUUCGCAACACAGCAUAAUCCAUAUGCCUUCCCUGCUGCAGAAGUAUCAAAACCUAAUGGAAUGGUCCUAUUGUUCAUUGUUCAUCUAAAACCAGAGACAAUGUAGUUCUGGACAAUGUAGUGUUGAUGCUGCUAUUGACUCCAUUCUUUCAGCCCUUAGUAGUAAAAUCACACAGAGCAUGUCCAACACACCCAGCGAAAAUCUGACUUGUGUCUUUCUGAAUACGUUCCACAACUGCGGCAGAACAGAGUAAAAGAGGGGCAAUUUUUUUAAGGAAUGAGAGAAUAAAAUAGGACUGAUGUUUAUUGAAAUGGGAAAGAAAAAUGUUCUCCGAUUCUUCUCCUUCAUUCUUAUAGUUUUCUUAAUACAUAGCUAUGCCUGUAAAAUAUGUUCGCCAUUAUAUCAAUUCCAAACCCCACCCCUAAUUUUCUUGAACGGCUUUUUAGGUUAUGCAGUUAGAAGAACUACUGGCUGUCAGGCAUUCGGUCUUUGUGGUUGGAAAUGCUGGAACAGGGAAAAGCCAGGUAAAAUGAAGAAUACACCCAUUUCUCCAACAAACAAAUAGCAAUAAGGAGAGCAUGAAUCGGUAAUGCAGGUUACAAGAUGUUUGCCGCUUUGAUGAAACUUCUGUGUUCAAUAGUCUCGGUGAAAUUGAUAUUCUGGUGUCAGUGGGGCAUGUCAACUUCAUCAGUUUUCGUUCCCCCCAAAUCCGGUUACAUAUUUAUAUCCCGGAUGUAUAUAUGCAUUUCCUCGCAUAUGUAGGAGCAGAGCACAUAAAACUGAAGUCCUAUGUCAGGGUUGAGGAAAGCUGAAGAACUAUCACUAGUGCUGCAAGGAAGGAAACCUAUGGAUAGGUAUACUGAGGACAUGCACACUUAAGGAAGUGGGCCUAAGAUGUAAAGUGUGAAUGUGCGAAACACAUAUAUUGCACACAUACAACUAGCGGCGGGGGGUGUGUGUGUGUGUGUGUGUGUGUGUGUGUGUGUGGUAAUGACUGACUGCAGUUACCUGUUAGAUAUAUAUUCAGGUUAACUUCUCUGUUGCACGUGGAACAGCAAAUAAUUCUGAAGGAUGUCUUUUAACUGAUGCUACUGCUUGAUUGUGAAACUGGCAUGAUAAAAUGUUCUUACUUUAGAUAUUAAAGACACUACACGCGACUUACUCAAAUAUGAAGCUGAGGCCAGCAUGGAAUGAUAUCAACCCCAAAGCUGUCACAACGGAUGAACUUUUUGGGUUUCUUCACCCUUCAACAAGGGAGUGGAAAGAUGGUAUUUCCAAUCAUGAUACGCUUAAUAAAAUUGCACAUCUUAACAUAUACAAACACAUACAAGUUUGUUGUUGUUUAAAAAACUAAUUUUUGUUUUCAUCGUUUUGAAGGCUUGUUUUCUUCCAUGAUGAGAGAACUGUCUAGCAUCACGCAUGAUGGCCCCAAAUGGAUUGUCCUGGAUGGUGACAUUGAUCCUAUGUGGAUUGAGUCACUCAACACUGUCAUGGAUGACAAUAAGGUGUGUAUCACAUUCUUUAACAUGGCUGUGAUGAGCAGGUGAGAUACUCUUCUGGUCCAUUUGCUAAAUAUGUACAGUGUUUCCUGCAGUGCUGGAUUUACGUGAGGUGGCCAAAGUAUUGGAGCCUCAGCUUCAGGAUCUGUCCUUCCAGUGAGCACUCAGGGUUGAUUUCCUUCAGAAUGGAGAGGUUUGAUCUUCUUGCAGUCCAUGGGACUCUCAAGAGUCUCCUCCAGCACCAUAAUUCAAAAGCAUCAAUUCUUCAGCGAUCAGCCUUCUUUAUGGUCCAGCUCUCACUUCCAUACAUCACUACUGGGAAAACCAUAGAUUUUACUAUACGGACCUUUGUUGGCAAGGUGAUGUCUCUACUUUUUAAGCAUCCAUCUUAGAUUCCUGUAAAGCAGGAGUGGGGAACCUCAGGCUUGGUUGGAUGGGGGGGUGACACAGAUACAGUCCUCCAAACAUUUUUAUCUGGCCUUUGAAAUCCUUCACUGGCCUUCUACACACCUCAAGUGUUUUUGCCUGGCUAGAAUGUGUCCUUGAACUCUCAUGAUGCUUCUUCCUUAAAGAGUGAAAAGCAUCAGACAUGAGACUGCCUUAGAAGACUGUUGAAGGACUGCUUUUGCCUGUGUGACCCUGGAGGUAAUCUUUGAGUGCCUCUCACCCCAAGCCCCUGAAGAUAGGUUGUACAGUAGUGUUAAAGGAUAAAGGGCCUGGUUUUGCUAUGGAACCCCAUUUAUGGGACACCCUCACAGGAAACAUUCACCUGAUUUAGGUGUCAAAUCUGUGUUAUUUUCCCAGUCCUAGCUGGCCAUGUCACUGUUCUCCUGUCAAUGCCUCUUAAUCUAGAGCUUAUUGUUUGGGGUUUUUUUGCAUCUGUGGGUGAGAAUUGUUAAUUUUAUUAUAUUUGCAAGCCACUUCAGACACUGCAAGUGGAAAGAUAGACUGUAAUCAUCCACACUUACUAUCUCUACUCAACAAGGUUUUGCUAGUUUUUGAAUUGACAUAAGACCUGCAAAGACUGUUUCUUAAAGGAGACAAAAGUGUGAAGAAUAAGCACACUACGGGCAAUGAUGCCUCUAUUGUAUCAAAACUCGGUGGAGAAAAACCUAAAAUCUGUUUCUGGCCUUAUUAUACCAACACUUACAACCGUUUCCUAUAGAUGACAUUGACCAAGGCUCCUGCUUAUAGUAGACAGUGCUAAUAGAACACCAGAGAAAUAACUUUUUCAUUGAUAGACCCAGUACGGAUGUGCUGUGCUAUAAUUCGAGGUUUAAAGAUACCAAUAGCAUCCAAAAUAGAAUUAUGUAUUUUGGAAUAAAGAGUAGAUCUAAACCCACAUGACCUAGACUUACCCCCAACACCCAUUUAGUGUAAAAGAGAGGGAGAGAGAGAGAAUGUCUCCUUAACUAAAAUGAGUAAAAGUGGAAAGUUCAUGGUUCAACCUUGGAAGUGGGAGGAGCAGAAAGCUGAAUCAUUUUGUAUUAUUUUUUUUUAGUAUGUAUUAAUCUCCAUUGAUUAAAAUGUCACCUUUAUUCACCACAGCGUCCUGGCCUUUCUUUAUGAUGGAUACAACAGCAGGAGAGCAAACUGUUGGAAUUGAGAUACUUUGUGCAAAUUGAAAAGAGAUAUAUAUUUUUUUUUUGCCCUAAUUUCACACAAUGCUGGAAACCUCCUUUAAAUCACAUUUUCCUAACCAGCUCCUAGAAUAGCUCUUGUUGUUAGAUUCUAAGGACUCUAUUGUAGCUUUUAAGCUAAAGUACUCAGUAGGGGAUGUGUAGCGUUGCACCGCCCCUUAGGAACACCAGAAGAAUAGCACCUGAUGGCAAGUACAAUCAUAGAAGAUAAAAAUGGAUCACACUGAAACAGGUUAUCCAGGCCCACUGUGGGCCAUUGCUCUAUUGUAGCACACGGGAUCUACAACAUAUCUUCUAUGGCCUAUUUCCCCCAAGUUCUCCAGUUUGCCAUAAAACAUUCCUCAUUCUCGCAGCCAAAAUCUUUCCAGUUCUCGCGAUUUUAUCGUUACUCUUGAAAUACUUGAUUUUUUUUCUGAUAACUUUGUGUUUGGAAUCAUGUGUUUGGAUUUCUUUCCUUGCGAAGGAUUGGAAAAAAACAGUUUGAUUUCUCUCUUUGAUUAUAGUUAAAAGAUGUAGUAGAUGAAACUUGAUUUCUCUUUAGCUCAAUUCCGAUAUAUUGCCAAGGCAUGAUAUUGGUGUUACAGUAAGACCAAACCCCCCCCCCUUCCCCGUGCAUUCUCUCCUUCCUUCCUCCCCUGAUACUUCCUAUUUCACAGCAAACAUAUUUUGCCACUUUUUUUCUUCUAAAGGAGGCAAAUUAUGUUUUGCAUAAACCAGUUUUCCUUUAAGAUGGAAUUGGAAAUCACAAGCAAACAUGGCAUCCAGUUAUGCUUUGCAGACAAACCAUGGUUUCCCCAUUGCAGACUUGGGAAACUGUGGUUUCCCUUGUAAAAGGAAGGGUAGGAUGAUAACAGAGCACAUGUGGAGAGAUGAGAGAACAGAAGCCUCAUGCACUGAUUCAAGCAAUACCACACUGUGGUUUAGCAUUAUAUCUGAACAGCUAUCUCUUAGAGCCUUUCUGCUAGCAACUGGCAACAACACCUUUUAAUUUAUUUCUUUUCCACCACUUUAGCCUUAAAAUAAUUGUGUGAAAUACAAAAGCUCAGUUUACUUAUGCAUUUGCAGCAGUACAUUGAUUUAGUGAAAUAUACCAUUUUCAUCUUUACUUUAUUUAAUUUACUUUAUUUAAUAUUUACUUUACUUUACUUAAUUCAAGGGACCAAAGAACAACAUCUUGAAGAAAAAAAUAGCCAUUUUUUCCGUUAUUGCAUGAACUUUUGUUUAAUGUGCAUUGAAACCACACCAUUGCUGGUCUAUUCAAUUUUAAGAGAUUUAAUUCAUAUUUUCUUCAUAAAUUGUAGGUUUGAUUUCAUGAUGAUUUACUAUUGUUAUCCCUUUUGUUUUGCUGUUUUUCAACUCACCCCUAACAUAAUUUUUCCCCCAUAAAUCAAGAUAUUAUAUUGAUUUUAUUCCCAUUGACAAUAAAGAAUCUCUUUGUGUAAGGCCAGCAAAACAAAAUUGCAGAGAAGAGUCACUUUUUUAUCCAUUAUUAUUAUUGCUGGGUAAGUGGAUAGGGUACCAGUUGGCUUUUCAAUGAAAUGACGAUUAACAUGGCUUUAUAAAAACAUCGAAGAAAUUAAGGACAGUCCAAUGGGAAAGUCUCCUGCACAUGUUUAAUUGAAGCAGCACAGUAUUACUUUCAUUAAUUUCAAUGUGUCGUAUGCAAGAGAUCUUCUCAUUGGAUAGUGUUUGAGUUCAUUCUUCUGCUGUUUUCCUGAAUGCCACAGCAGAUAUCCAUAAAGAUAUAAGGGAUACUAUUUAAACUGACAAAUAACACUCAUUGGAAAAUAAAAUCAUAUUCCUGUGUAUUAGCUAUAGCUGAACAUGUGCUCUGUGAUUCUUACUUUAAAAAAAAAAAAAAACACAGAACCUUAAUUACUUAAUUUGAAAUGAAUUUGUAAUGAUUCUGUGCUUAGGUUCUGACUUUAGCCAGUAACGAACGAAUUUCAUUAACACCUUCCAUGCGGCUGGUGUUUGAAAUAAGCCACCUCCGGGCAGCAACUCCAGCCACUGUGUCGAGAGCUGGCAUCCUCUAUGUGAAUACGCAGGACCUAGGCUGGAGUCCGUGAGUACCUCCCUUGCUUUUUGUACUUUUAAUGUGCCCUUUGCAAUAUUACCCAUUUUGUGCUCUUUCAUUAGCCAACUUGAAGAAAGGCAGGAUACACAUUUAACAAGCAAGCACAUAAGGAAUGGCAGUUCAGUGCACCUUCAGCCAGCAACUCUGGGGCCAGUAAGAAUAUAUGAAGAUCCCUGCUGUCCUAUGCUGUCCAAAAUGCCUAUGGCCAUGCUUGUUCCUAUGGUAGUGAUGAUCUCAUUUGCUGCUGCACUAUACUGUAUUCUUAACUCAGCAAACAGCUUGCUGAAUGCUCUGUUCAUGUAGCUGCCAUCUGCUCAGCUGUAUACUCUAUGGUAUUGAGUGGACAGCUGUUUCCUCAGAGAUUAAGCUGAUCAGUGCUGUACAAGGGAACUUGUCAUUGGAGCCACAAUGCACUGGUGUUGCUACUAGAGCUGUAGUAUAGCCCAUGUGAGCCAUGGGGACAUCCUCCAAUAUGGGAAAGGGAAUAUUUCAGUGGUAGAGCACCUGCAUUGAAGGCAAAAGGUCCCAGGUUCAGUCCCUAGCCCAGUGUUCCGCAAACUUGUGUCUCCAGCUCUUUUUGGACUACAGUUUCCAUUGUUUUUGACCACUGGUCCUGCUAGCCAGGGAUGAUGGGAGUUGUGGUCCAAAAACAGCUGGAAACCCAAGUUUGGGAAACACUGCCCUAGCGUAUCUAGACAGGACUGGGGAAGAAUUCUAUCUGAAAAUCUGGAGGACUGGUGCCAGACCUUUAGUGUGAAGAAGGCAACUUUCUAGGGAGACACAGGGUAUGAGAACAUAGGGGAAAUGUCCAGAACAGGGGUUGCUGACUCAGUGCCUGCAGGUGGAAAUGUACCCACUGGUCCACAAAGUUUGAUGACCCGCACUGAGAGGAAAUGUGUCUGGGGUAGUCAAGGGGUAACCCCAGAUCCUAUAGGUAAACAGUGGGGAAGAGGGAUGAAAUAAUAAUGCCAGGUGUUGGGAGAAUUGAAGAAAGCUCAGACAGAAAAGCUUUAUUGGUGUGGAGGUGACGGCAUGCGAGUGGCAAUUUUUCUUCUUCUCUAAAUUACAUUUGUUAUUUCCCUCAACAUCCAUGGAAAUGUCAUAUGCUUCUAAAACAGCAUUUCCCAGUCUCAUUCCUUUCAGACACUAUGGCCAAUGGCCAAGGAUGAGGGGUGUUGCAAUCCAAAACAUCUGAAAGAUGACAGGUUGAGGGAGAGUGUGUCUUAGGGGUAAAAAAAAAAGGCAUUUAAAGCCCUAAAUUUUAACUGACAGAAGAACACACCCCUGGAACAGAAUCAAGCAGCCUUCUCUAAUCAGGAGCCCUCCAAAUGGUUUGGACUUUGACUCUCAUCACCCCUGGUCACUGGUCAUAGUGGUUGGAGCUACUGGGAGAUGUAGUCCAAAAUAUGUGGAGGGCACUGGUUUGGGAAGGCAAAAGAAGCAGUAACUUAGUCACAGUUGUACUACAAGGCCAAAUCGGUUGGAAACGGAUCACCAACAACAAGGUAAUUCGGAGAGGCAUUUCAGCAAGUAAAAUAAGGCUGAACCAAGCUAAGGACAUACAGUAAAAGCACUAGGCAGCUCCGCAAACAAUCCUCUACUCUUCUCAUAAACCCGCUUUCAAACAUAGUAAACAAAAGCAAUUGAUUAAGGGGAGGAGAAGCACCUUAAAAUACGUUUGUUUUCACAGAUAUGUGACUAGCUGGAUUGAAACUCGCAAAGCACAGACAGAAAGGGCAAAUCUAACCAUCCUUUUUGACAAAUAUGUUCCUUACUGCUUGGAGCAAGUCCGCUGCAACUUAAAAACCAUCACCCCCGUUCCAGAGAACAGCAUGGUUCAGGUAACAACAACUGCAGCAGGAUCUUCAGACUGCCACUCUUCCUGAGAUGUGAUUGUGAGAGUGUUCAAGUAUGCAGACCUAGUGUGAAGGAACUUCAUUAUAAUCACAGCAUGGUUUAACAUUUUGUGUUUUGUGAUUCAAGUGACAAAGCAGACACAGAUUGUGUAACUGCUUCCUCCUGAAUUAGGGCUGAUGCCAUCCUCUACAGUAAUCUCAUUUAAAGUCAAAAAGACUACUCUUAAGACUCUUAUAGAGUCAAGUUAUUGUUCAUACAAGUAGUAUAUAUAAAAAAGAAAUAUGGGAACGCUUUGGAGGUGAGGUCGGUGUUCCUUCAUUUUCUAAAACGGACUCCAUAAUUACAAUGAAGUUAUUUGGCUGUUGAUAAAAUUGAGCUCAACAAUUUAGGAGUGUUAACUGCUAUACAGAAUUCUGGACAGACCGUUGCUUGAUCUGAAGUUACUUUAGCAAGCAAAUGAAAUUCCAACAGACAUUAUAUGGGACAAGCCCUUACUUUCCUUAAGUUAUGUUAUUUUUAAAAUGCCAUAUGCAUUUCUGAAUGAAUGCAGAAGUUAUGCACUUGAAUAAUGCUUUUAUAUGAAGCUUUUGAGUGUGUGUGUGUUUUUUAAAAAAAAGCUUUCUGGAUCACAUUAUUUUUCUAUGAGGAAAAAACAAAAGCCAGAAAUGAAAACAGUUUUUUUGUGCCUAACACACAAGGCAGAAAAACUCAAACUAGAGAACUUAGAUGUGGGUCUUUUGAACAGCACAGUUGCAUUGCAUUUGGGUAUUAUUUUUUGAGUCAUUCGCACACAUCUGCACUCCAAAAGUGGUAAAGAGUGUGUGGUUGGGGUUGCUCCCACAAUGACUUUUAAAAACAUACUUAUUUAAUAAAGUUUGCUUGCAUAGAUUCUGCACCAGAAGGAGGACUACUACAGCAGUGCUCAUUGCAAAAACCUCUCUCUCUCUCUCUCUCUCUCUCUCUCUGUGUGUGUGUGUGUGUGUGUGUGCAUCUGCCUCUGCACACAUGCAAAGGUGGAACAGGGCAAGAUUCUGGAAAUCCUGGGAGUAGGGGGAAGAAAAGGAGUGAAUUUUGUGCUCAUCUGUAGGAGCUGAACUGGGAAGCAAAUAGGACUAUGUGACACCAUUCUCCCAGUGCAGUUCAUGUUUCCCUCUUAUACUGGAAUUGAGCCAAUAUCUGCAGCUGUCACAAAGCUCAGUAACUCUAUAUGUUCCCAACCUAUAUAUUGCAGAGAACACUCUUCCACCUUGUAAACCCAGUCCCAUAAUCUGAACACAGUCUGAUAGCGUGUUCUGCUCUUUCAGCCUAGGUAUGUGUGCUUAAGAGGGUAAUAUCAGUUACCAAUAUUUUGGGUUGCCAUAUUUCAAAAAGUAAAAAACAGGACAUCCUGAAAGUUGCUGAACUUUCUUUUAGGUAAACACCGAGAUUGUUGAGCUUUGUUUAGGAAACCCCCAAAGUUGUUGAGAUUUUUUUUAGACAAAACCCAAAGUUGUUGAGAUUUUCUUGCAAGAAUGCCAAAAAAACGUAUUUUUUUGUUUGACUUGGAAAUUCCUCCAGGACGUCAAUUCUGCCUUUGAAAUCCUGGUAAUGUCUGGGACAUAUGCCAGCCCUACCAAUAUUAUGCUUUCUGAUAACAGGCUCAUAGCUGUCAAGUGUCCCUCAUUUGAAGGGACAGUCCCUUAUUCCAGUGCCAUGUCCCGUUGCUGUCCCUUAUUGAUGGAUGUCUCUUAAAUGUCCCUUAAAUGAUGUCCCUUAAAUUUCAAAGGAAGCAGCUCCUCUCCCUCCCUCCCUGCCGGCCAGGGAGGAGGGAGGCUCCAACUGUGUUGCUUGGCUGUGUUGCUCACCCAAUAAGAAGUCUAAGAACGACUGGGGGGUGGAGCUUGCAUGCCUUGUGUGUGGCUAGUUAAUGCAAGCUGAGGGGGUUUUGAAUGCUGGACGCCAUUUUGUUGCACGUGCUGCUGCAAACUUUGCAGUGCAAAGCCAGGCCGGGGAGCCAUCUUAAGUUGAGGCUGCAUAGGCCUUGUGGUGCAUGUGAUUCAGAUUCUAUUCAGUUGAACCUCUGGUUACAAAGUUGGUUGGACAGUGUUCUCAGAGCUACCAGCAUGAGUUUGACUAGACUGCAGGAGGACAGGAAGACUGGAGUGCCUGGAAUAGGUGAGGCUGCAGGUCCCUUAUUUUGGCUGCUGGUCCCUUAUUUUCAAGGCUGCUGGUCCCUUAUUUUCAAAUCUGUAAGUUGACAGCUAUGCAGGCUUUGCAUGCAGAACACAUUCCCGUAGACCAGGGGCGGCUUAUCUUUGAUCCUCCAGGUGUUGCUGGACUACAAUUCCCAUCAAACCUAGCCAACAUGGCCAGUGGUCAGAGAUAAUGGGAGUUGUAGUUCAACAGCUAAAGGACCAUAUCUUAGUGUGAACCCCUCUGCCUCUACCACUGCCAUGUGACACCCUCCAGGAAUAGUAUAUGACAAAUUCCUUCUUCUUGCAUCAGUUACCACUUUUCAGUGGCUGAAUACAGUUUCCAGUCCUUCAUCUCAGCUCUCAAACAGCUCUUCCUUCUGCAGUGUUUGAUUCAAUUGCCCAUGGGCCAGAGAAGAAGUGGGGACUGAACAUAGAUCCACACUGCGGAUUAAUCUUCCCCCUCCCUCUUCAGUUUAACAAUUUGUGUAUGUUGCUUAGGUGUGCCUAACAUAUCGCAGGAGCAGCUACCCAGCAGGCUUUCCUGCCUAUAAUAAAGGGAACUCGCCCUCGACUCAUUGCUUUGGUCUCCUGUGUGCGACUUUUUUUCUUCUAUGCCAAAUCUGAUACCAGUCCUACUCAGAGUAGACCCACUGAAAUUAAUGGGCAUGGUCUAUUAAUUUCAAUGAGCCUACGCUGAGGAGAACCUAGUCAGAUGCCGUCCUCUGUAAUUAUAAAUACAUCACAAUGGUUAUGUGAUGUGUUUUAAAAUAUUUAUUAUAUUGGGACAGUAGCCGCUAAAGAAGUAGAAAUAAGAAUAUAAAGGAUGUAGGGACUGUAUUCAGAUAUCUUUAUUCUCUCCUUCCUUUUUAUUUAUUUUCACUGAAGACUUUGUGUUCAUUACUGGAUUGUCUCCUGACCCCGGAGAAUGCUCCCCCAGACUCUCCUCGUGAACUCUAUGAAGUAUAUUUUGCCUUUGCAAGUAUAUGGGCCUUCGGUGGUGCUUUGUUCCAAGAUCAGGUGAGUGGCUGGUUUUGAGGGAAGAUAACAGUAUUUUGGUAUUCUCUUCAAGUUUGACAGCAACCAUUCCUGCAUCACACGGGGUUGGGCUACAAGACCCAUGAGGUCUUGUGCAACUCAACAAUUCUAUGAUUCUAUCUUCCAAUCAAUGGCGUGCGGUGAAUUUUUUUGUAGGGGAACAGGGCCAGAGGCACCAGCUUGCAAGAGUGAUGGGGAAGGCGACAUCACAUGUGUGACCUCACAGCAUCCCAACAUCACGUGCAUGAGCACUGUUUCUCCCUCCCUAAACCAGGCAGAAGUUUCCUGGGCUUUGGGAAGCAGGCGCCAGGCUUUAAUACUUUAAUACUCUAAUUUACCAGGAACGUUUAGGAGACUAGCCUAGUCCCUGUAGUCCACUGACUGCACCCCACUGCUUCCAAUAUAUUUUCAAUAAGAAAUGAGACAGGAAAAAUAAGCCAGUAAUAUUUGUAUCAUUAACUGCAAAAUUAUGGCCGUGAGUGUGUGUGUUUUUUAUACAGUCGUACCUCAGAAGUAGAACGCCUUGCGAGUCAAAAGUUUUGGCUCGCGAACGCCGCAAACCCGGAAGUGAGUGUUCCGGUUUGUGGACAUUCUUCAGAACCCGAAUGUCCGACGCGGCUUCCGAUUGGUUGCAGGAGCUUCCUGCAGCCAAUUAGAAGUCGCACCUUGGUUUCCGAAUGUUUUGGAAGUCGAAUGGACCUCCGGAACAGAUUCCGUUCGACUUCCGAGGUAUGACUGUAUUUACAUAAAGAUCCAGAAGAUCUCACCUUGGCCUAGUUGCUGAACAACUGUGAUGUUCUCCACUUCUACCGUCUGUCACCCCAAAGUGAUACAUCCAAGAUGCCCACCUUCAAAUGUGCAUUUUAGCAAUUAUUCUAGAAAAUUAAUAUGCAUUCACACAUGAUUCUGGACACACCACUCCUUUGUGUACUAUAGGGGUCAGAAAUCAGAAUACACUGUCCAUGCCAACAGAUAAGGCCUGGACAUAUUUUUAUGUAGCACAGCUGUUCUGCCUUGUUGCUAGUUAUUCAUGCCCUUUUCUUUGGGUUCGUUCUUGUGGCGAUAUGUUCUACAGUUUCCAUUUCUUACAUUUGACACUUGAUAAACAUUUUUGGCCCUGGGAAACAUAAUAUACACCAUAGGGCUUUUCUAAUCUCUAGCACCUACCAUCCCACAAGCCAACUAUCCCACUAACUCCUGCUUCUUACAAGUUCUGAAGGGAAAGUGUCAGACAAUCACAGUAAUUUUCUGCCAGCAAGAUCACAUAUCCCUUAUACAACUGAUCCAACAGGAAGGAACUUUUCUCAGCCUAAUGAUUCAUGACUGUUCUCUCUACGGGGAUAUACAGACCCAGGAAAUACUCUGAGCCUCCUGUUUCCUUUUACCACUUGCCAGGGUCUCCUACCAACAUCUAGUUAAUAUUGGCUGUGAUAGAAGACUUUUCACCCUAACAACUGAUGAAGUAAUAAUAAUAAUAAUAAUAAUAAUUUUUUAUUUAUACCCCGCCCUCCCCAGCCAAGGCCGGGCUCAGAGCGGCUUACAAGCAAUAAUAAAAAAGAAGAAGAAUGAUUACAACUUAAAAACAAAAAUAAAAUACAACAUUAAAAUAAUGGAACAUUAAAAUAUUAAAAUGUAGCCUCAUUGCAGGAGGAGAAGGAAAAGUAGCUGGCAGAUCACUACCCCUUUUGAGUGGAUUUAGGCCACUGAUUGGCUACCAAGUCUAUAUUUGUCAGAACAGUGAAAUAAGGCAAAUGUGUCUCCAGAUCCUUGUUUCCCUUCCUUUCUUUAAUAUCUCAAGACAUCUCAAGCUGCUUGGCUUGAUUUCUUUAAGAUGCAAGCUGAACCCUAUCACACCACGGAUGCAUGUAUUGUUAAGUGCCAGAACCUCACUUUACUGCAUCUUUCUGAUGUGCUAUGUAUGGCUUGGAAGAGGGCUUUGAAUGUGACAGUAUGUUAGGGUGGGCAUUCCGUAUUCUGCGAGUGAGGGACUUAGCAUGAACCAAAUGGCAUUUUUGCUUCCAGAAAAACUCUGUGGCCACUACCUUUUGUUUCUCGUGUAACUCUGUGCUCUCUGGUGUCACCCGAAAGCAUGCAGCAACAUAUGAUUAUAAAAGAAUAAAGUGCCUUGGUAUUUUCAUUGUAAGAAAAUAGACAGUCUAGGAAACCUCAGGGUUAAAAGGUUACUAUCGAAUAGUUCCUUGAGUUAUUUCCCAUAACUUAGAUCAGUGAACAUAGUUUGGGAGAAAGUCCUUCAGCUCCUGCAGUUUCUAAGCUAUGAACUUAACAUUCCCACUUGGUUUUUUCUUUUCUUUAAGCUUUCCUCUCUGUUUUAUAACGGUAAGGAACAUAAUAAGCUGUCUUUUAUUUAAACAGACCAUUGGUUCAUCUGGCUCACUCUCGUCUACGAUGCUAGGCACUGACUUUCCAGAUAGCAGUCUUUCCCAGUCCUGCCUGGAAAGGCCAGGGACUGAUCCAACGAUCUUCUACAGUACAUGCAAUGCAUGUGUUCUGCUGUUGUUCUUGGUUGUUCUAGUGCUGCUUUAAUUUUUUAAAAUAUUUCUUGAACGUCACCCAGAGAAUGGCAGCUAUUUUGGGUGCCUUCAAAACAGAACAAGCAAGCAAGCAAACCAACAAACAAACCAACAAACAAAUAAAAUGCUCAUAGUCGGGCUAGCACACCUCUCCCCGUGUUUCAUGUCUGUCUCCCCUUUGUUCUGUUUUUCAGCUAAUUGAUUAUCGCAUGGAGUUUAGUAGAUGGUGGAUCAAAGAAAUGCGAACAAUAAAAUUUCCUUCCCAAGGGACGGUUUUUGAUUACUUCAUUGACCCGGAUACGAAAAAAUUUACUUUGUGGAGUGAGAAAAUUCCAGGCACCGAAAUAGAAGCAGAUGUCCCUCUCCAGGUAGGACAAUCCACUGCAAUUAGUCAUAAGAGAAGCAGCACAUAUCUGGAUAAUUACGGCUGGAUUAGGGGGAACACAAAGUGCAUAACAAGUUGGAGUUCAAGUGUUGCUAAUUAUCAAAGCAGUGUCUCAACACAAGGAAUACUGCGCCAGUGGAAAGCGCAUUGUUAUUACGAAAAGGGUUUUGUUAAAGCAGAUUCUGUUCAUUGGGUUUCGUCUUGACGCUAUAGCUGGGAAGAAGUCCCGAAGGUUCCUAUUAGUAUAGUAAUAUUUUAUCCAUGCAGACCUGUGUCAGGGCCUGGCAGACCCAGGAGGAGGAUGAGCUCACGGGGAGCGCAGACUGGGGAGAGGACGACCCCAGGGAGGGAGCCAUCGGGCUCUGGGGCCUCCACUAUAUUGCUGGCACCUGUCUGUCUCAGGAGACAACGGGAGAAUGCACCUUCAGAUAUACAGUUCAGCCGUUGGAGAGUUACAGUGCCUACUAUGGCUGUAGAGGAUGAUAUGGGAGAGACAUGUUUUGUUGCAGCUGGGGCAGAUGAAGGCAUCUAGUCUGGCUGCUACAGGUGCACCAUGGCACUUCUUCUCCCUGCAUUCUUCCCAGCUUAGUGGGGAGGGGAGAGAGAAUUGGCCACUAGUAACCCCUUGAUUUCCCUCCCAAGUUAUUUCCACAGUGGGCUCGUCCCACCGCCCAUGCCAGCUCCUUCCAGGAAGGAGGAGGCAUGUGAGAGUGAGGCAAUCUCUGUGUGCUCAGAGUGGCAAAGCAAAUUCCCAGAGACAGUACCCCUAUCCCUUCCAUCAAGAAGGAGUGAGAAACUCAGGCAGAAGAGGGGGAAAGCAACCAGUAGGGAGUGGACGCCUGAGUGAACCUCUCUUCAAUAUUUAGGGGGGAGACAGAGGACUGCAAGAGGUCAAUUCAACUUUCCUAAAGCCAGGGUACAGCUUAGCAGUCAAUGACCUCAAGAAGCCAGUGAGGCUGGUAAUUCCACAGAGGUGUUUUGUUUGAACGGUGCUAGCUGCAGUGUUGCUUUGGUGUGAGCAGAGGCAGUUCCUUGCCCCCUGUGCUGAAGUUCUAGCUCCUGCUCAUCCCUAUGAAUUCUGUUGACACUUUUUCCGCUGCCCUUCAACUUUCUCCAUGUGCAAGAGAACGGGAAAAACAUACUUUUGUCAUUACAAAUAAUAAUAACAAUUAUUAUUAUUAUUAUUAUUAUUAUUAUUAUUAUUAUUUAUACCCCGCCCUCCCCAGCCAAGGCCGGGCUCAGAGCGGCUUACAAGCAAUAAAAAACCAAGUAGAAUGAAUUACAACUUAAAAACAAAAUUAAAAUACAACAUUAAAAUUUUGAAACAUUAAAAUAUUAAAAUGUAGCCUCAUCGCAGGAGGAGAAGGAAAGGAAAAAAGAAAGAAAGGGAGGGAAUCAAGUUGGCUCCAAGCCAAAGGCCAGGCGGAACAACUCUGUCUUACAGGCCCUGCAGAAAGAAAUCAGAUCCUGCAGGGCCCUGGUCUCAUGAGGCAGAGCGUUCCACCAGGCCAGAGCCAGUGUUGAAAAGGCCCUGGCUCUGGUUGAAGCUAAUCUAACUUCCUUAGGGUCCGGCACCACUAGGGUGUUGCUAUUUAUGGACCUUGAGGCUCUCCGUGGGGCAUACUGGGAGAAGCGGUCCCGUAGGUACGAGGGUCCUAGGCCGUGAAGGGCUUUAAAGGUCAAAACCAACACCUUAAAUCUGACCCUGUACUCCACCGGGAGCCAGUGCAGCUGGAAAAGCACUGGGUGAAUAUGCUCCCAUGGCAGAGACCCCAUGAGGAGCCUCGCUGCAGCAUUCUGCACCCGCUGGAGAUAGCUCAGAAUGCUAACCUCAGUUGCCUGGGAGUAAGCCCAAAUGAAUGCGGGCGGCAUACACACCAUGCAUUUAAAGCCCAUGACUCCCCCCGCCCCCAGAAUCCUGGGAAUUGUAGUUUGUUGAGGGUGCUGGGAAUUGUAGUUCUGUGAGGGGCAAACUGCACUGCCCAAAAUUUUCUUAGGAGAAGCCAAAAGCUUUAAAUUGUGUAGAAAUGUUCCUGAAGGCCUGCAAACACCAUUGUAAUAAUAAUAAUAAUAAUAAUAAUAAUAAUAAUAAUAUUUAUUCCCCCCCCCAUCUGGCUGCGUUUCCCCAGCCACUCUGGGCGGCUUGCAGAAUAUAUAAAUCAUAAUAAAGCAUCAAACAUUAAAAACUUCCAGAUACAGGGCUGUCUUCAGAUGUCUUCUAAAAGUUGUAUAGUUCUUUAUCUCCUUGACAUCGGAAGGGAAGGAGUUCCACAGGGGGUGGGACGCCACUGCCGAGAAGGCCAUCUGCCUGGAAGUCAAUAUAACCCCAAAAUUAAUUGGUAGUUGUUGCAAGAAUGAACUCAUAUAUGUUUAUAUUCACUUGCUUUGAUAUAUGCUAAUUGGCUCACUUUGAUGAUGUGCUUAUCUGUGAACCCUGGGAUGCUGGGUUUUUGGCACAGAAAGGGGAGCUAUCUGCAAACUUUGGAUAGCUGUCACCUAUUAUCUCACCGGUCAGGUGAAUUGAUGGGAAGGUCUGGCCAAACUGACGUAUGCUGCUUUGUGUAUUAAAAAUGUAUAAAUGUUUGCUUGGGUGUGGACAAGUCAUGAUGACAUCUCACUGUUCGUUCUGCAUCUGCAAAGGCAGUGGGGCUCCUUAGCUUGUGCUGCAAGUACAGUUUUUCUUAUAAUAAAGCACCCUGGUGUAUUUGACAUUAUUCUUGGGUAUCUCUGCACCAAACCACUCCCAUGAGCCUACCUUUGGGCCAGUGGAUCAGGACAGUAAUGCAGCCUCAGUAGGAUUUAUUACUUGAGUAGACAUGAUUAGGAUUGUAAACAGUGAGGAGCAGAUGGAUGACUUUGAAGAAACCAUUGCUCUCCCUCACCUGUUCAUUCACAGAGCAGUCUAUCUGCAUUUCUCUUUUUAUUGUUUGUUGUAAAAAAAAAAAUCCAUUUCUUUUACACCACUGUCUUCUUGAAAAGAAAGCAGAACAGCUUACAACAGCAAAAUCAAAUCAUAUUACAACAUUAAAUUUGUAGCUGCAUCGAAAGCAGCAAUAUAAACACAAUAUAAGCAGGAAUAGCAGCGUAAAAGAGGAGAGUAAACAGCUCUCCCCCUGCCUGCCUGCCUGCCUGCCUGCCUCUCUCUCUCUCUCUCUCUCUCUCUCUCUCACACACACACACACACACACACACACACACACACCAGAGGGGAGAAAAUAGAACAGACAAAAGAGGACAUGCUCCCAUGCCCUUCCCAAAUCUGCUCAGGAAGGUCAGGAGAACCCCAAGGUUCAUCUGAUAAUCCCGGUCUUCUUGACCUCUAAGCUCUGUGUGGCAGAUGCAGAUGCCUUUGGGUUCUCUAUUUUGAUUUCACAUUUCAGAACACAAGAAACCCACAAUGUAGACUAGUGGCACCAACUUGAAUAAAAUAUUGCGGAGGGGGCCAGGUAAGCCCUGCUCCACAUAAUCGAUCACAAGACACCAUUUGAAUGACAAUGCCUAUCAACUUUUGGGAGCCCAAGCCCCCUCAAAUAUUUUAUUGGGGGAGUGCAUGAAGGGACAUUGGCCCCUAGGAGUUGACUCCUAUGACAGACAUACAGUGGUACCUUGGGUUACAGACGCUUCAGGUUACAGAUGCUUCAGGUUACAGACUCCACUAACCCAGAAAUAGUACCUCAGGUUAAGAACUUUGCUUCAGGAUGAUAACAGAUAUUGUGCAGCGGCAGCGCAGUGGCAGCAGGAGGCCUCAUUAGCUAAAGUAGUACCUCAGGUUAAGAACAGUUUCAGGUUAAGAACAGACCUCCAGAACGAAUUAAGUUCUUAACCUGAGGUACCACUGUAUAUUUAAAACAACAGAUUGGCCAAGACUUUGGAGGAUUAUAUAUACCAAAAUUGGAAACCACCAUAAUGAAUGUGGUUCUGAUGCUUUUCAAUUGGCAAGCGAAAAAGGGGGGAACAAAAUGAAACCCUCUUGUCCCCUUUCCUCCUCUCUGUUCCUUAGUGAAUGCCAUCUUGCCAAAUGAACUAUUUAGAUCAGGGUGGGGAAACUGUGGUCCUCCAGUUGUGGUUGGACUCCAACUCCCAUCAACCACAGUCAGUGUAGCUAAUGGACAUGGAUGAUGGAAGUACUCUGGCAGCAGCUGAAAGGUCACAGCCUCCCUACACAUUACAGAAAACCUCUUUCUCCUAAACAGCUGCCAACUGAUUGAAACUAGGGGUAUUAGGCAAGGACAGAAUUUGCUUCCUGGUGGUUGUGGUGGGGUUUUGCUCCUAGUGAAGACAGCCAGUGGUCAACCCUCCCUCCUACCCAGAGUAUCUUCUUAUCUGAAUUAGUUGCCGUGCAUUUUUAUAAUUUGGCUCAAAGAAAAACGCUCAAGGUUGACGUGGCCUGGGAUUGACAGAACGAUGGUUCUUGGGAAUCCCUGUUGUCCAUUUAAAUUUUAAUGUUUCUAUCAUUUGUUCCUCUGUGCAAAUUAACGGCCAUGGCAGUGUGUUGGGUUUCUUUUCUGAAGUCAGGACUUUAAAUUUAAUUCAAUCGCCUAGAUUUACAGCUAUUCUAUAUUUCACAAGGCAGAAUCAAUAAUGUGACUGAAGUGAAGAAGAUAAAAAUUUAUGGUAUCUUGCAAUUUAAUGGUUGAAAAGAUGCAAUUGGAGAGAUCAUAAAUUGUGAAGGAGUUUAUGCUUCAUUGCUCCUGAUUCAGUGCUUGCUGUUAGGACUUGAUUUGUGACUAUUCACAAGGUGUGAUUAAUGGUGUGAUCGAUGCUUGCUUCAGUGCAGUAAAGCAGUUGUAAUGCUCUUCAUUAGAAUAAAUAAAAUAAAUUGACUGAAGCUUUAUAAAAACUGUGUAACAUUUAAAAUCUAAAAUGUCAUUUUUUUCCCUGUUACAAUUUAGGUUUCUUCAAGGCAUUUUCCACUUACAACACAUUAUUCAUUGUCAUUCUUCUCCCCCCCCCUUCCCCUCUUGGAUAUUAUAGAAAUCCGUGUGGGUUUGGGUUAGCUUUAUGCAAAGCUCACUGAAGAGGAAAAAAAAAAGAAAAGGAAGGGUAGGAUGGAACUGACUGGAGUCUAGGAAAUUGUGGUGGCUAUGUUUUGCCAUCUUCCCAAGGUGUGUUCUGUUCUCCAAACAUUUGAAAGCUGUGAAUAACUGCGGCAGGAAACGUCCUAUCGUACGGAUGAUUCUGAAAAAAAAAG